AUGGAACCGACACCGGACGGGAAGCUUUCCUCACUCGACGAGCUGCAGCGGAAGUUGAACGAAGAUUUCGCCCAAACACUGGGCCCGAUGGCUUCACUGCCGCAUCCGGUUGGCGCCUCACCAGCAGCAUCUGCAUCAACGGCGAGUGCAAUGGUCGCAACCACCAUCAGCACCGUAGUGCUGCAGGGUGGCCCAUUGCAGCUAGUCGUCGCCAUCCUCAAGAGCGGAGAAAAACUCUACAUUAAGGUGGCAGAUCUGCUGCCAAAGUUCACAUUUCUCGGUCCCAGUUUGGAUGACGCGCUGAAGCUUCAAAACGAACACGAUGAGUUAUUGCGGCAGAUACAGAACCUGCCGACACCGCUGGAAGAGUUCUACAGAAAAAUACAGGACAAAAUCGCAUCCAACGAAAGACCCAACCCGGCACUGAUCGAAGAGAUGGCCACCUCGCUGAAUGCCGUCUGGCACGACAUCAAGCAGAUGCUGGCCGAACGUCGAGAGAUCAUUGUGCUAAACGUGGCCUUCUUCGAGCGGCUCGGUGAAGCCUACGGCAAAAUGUCCUCACUAGAGGUAGCCUGCAACGACACGAUGAUCCCGAUCGAGAUCGAAGCCGUACGCGAGUUUCUCGAAUCCUUCCGGGAUCUUCGAGGAGACAUGCUGGGAGCAGUCGCAGCCACACUUAAAGCCGGCCAGCAGAUGUUAGACCGAUUGCGGGUAUUGUCCGAGAUCGGUACACUCGAUUCGCGCCCCAAUCACAUCAAACUCGACGCACUUCAAGCGAUCGGUCAGGUUGGCACGUGGCUCGAGGACCUCUCGAACCGUCGCAAUCAGCUCGAACAAGCGUGGCUCUCACGCAAAACACAACUCGAGCAGUGCCUCACGCUGGCGAUCCUCGCGAAACAACUCGACGAAAUCGAACAGUGUCUUGUGCGUGUUCGCAGCCACAACCUCAGCUCGUUCACGCUCGGUGAAUCGGCUGAGCAGGCACACGAGCUGCUCGAGACGUACCAAAGCCUCAAACCGGAAGCAGCUCUGCUUCGUGACAAGUCACUAAAGAUCACCAAAGCCACGGAGGAGUUGCUUGCAACGGGUUGCUUCGCAGGAGAUGAAGCUUGCGCGAAAGCAUACGCCGUUUUGGCCGCUUGUUCUGAGCACCUAGAGGAGAUCGAUCACCGAGAGGCACUGUUGGGCCAAUCACGUGCCUUCUUCGACCGUGCCGCUUCCAUCCUAAAGCGACUGGAUCAGCUCGAGCUAGAGGUAACAGGUGCACCAGCGCGACCGGCAACACCCAACGACCUGCCGGUGCAUCAGAAACUGCUGCAGGAUCUUCGCGAAUCGAUCGGCGAGGUGUUGCAGAUGGGAUACUCGCUGGUGGAUGACGUUGGUCGCACGAAACCAGAGGUUGCUGGAGUGCAGAUUAUGAUCGAACAGAUCGAACAACGGAAGCUCCGGUUCGAGCGGUACUGCAAUGAGGAAUGCGAACGGAACGUUCGCACGACGCAGUCCUUUAACGAGUUCCUAGAGCGGUAUGGGCAGCUGUUGGCGUGGCUAACGGAGGCCCGCGAAGAGCGAAUAGUGCGUGGUGAGGCUAUCCACAGCAUGGGCGAGAAUGUUGCUGACGCGAAGGACUGUCUGCUGCUGCAUCACCAGUUUCUUAACGAUCUCGAGAUCAAAGGCAACGCUAUUAAUAACCUGCUCGUGCGCUUGACGCCAAACCUGGAGCAUCUUGCCAGCGAGCAGCGUGAUGACGUGCAGCGCAAGAUCGACCUCAUCCGGCAGCAGUGGAUCGAGCUGAAAAACUGCGUCAUCGUGCGGGUCGACGUGCUGAAGCUGUACAUCCGCUUCCACCAGGAGGCGGAAACGUUGCGCAAUCAGUUCGAGGCGUACACGAUCCAGUUCGCCACGUUUAAGGACAACGCGGAUGAUCAUGCGCUUAUCCUUUCAGCCCUGGCAAACAUCCGGCAGACGCUGGAGAGCCUGCGCACGAUCGGUGCCCAGUGUCUCGAUCAGCUGCAACAGAUCGGGGACGCAUACUUGCAGAAAACUCGCGCAGCUCAGUGCGUCGAACGAACGCUCGCCGAAUUCACCGACCGCCAGUUGGCCGUCAGUAAUGAGUGGGAACGCUGGAACAACCGACGCCGCAUCGAGACAACACUGAAGGAAAUCAUGGCCGCCAACAUGGAGACACUGGCCGUUGCUUCGAAGCUGGAGGAGCAGCUGUAUCCUAUUUUCAGCACGGCGUUGGACAACCCGCCGGAUCUGAUCGAGUUCAUCGAGCGCAAGCGUGUCCAGCUGCAGGAGGAUGUCCGUGCUGCUGAGGCGGAUUUGACGCGUCGGUUUGACACGAUCGCACAGCUGGAAGUGGCAGGUGACUCGAGCCAGGACAUCGUCGGGGUUAAGAAUAAUCUCAACUCGAUCAAGACCAAGCUGCAUGCGCUUGGGGCUGAUUUUGGAGAGCUGGUGGACGUGACUGAGCGGUUCUUGCGCUCAAUUGUGCAGUGUCGUGAUGGAAUUCGGGAGUAUUUCGCUACCAAACACACGGUCACCGGACCGGACAGUGUUGAGGCGAUUGCUGAGGAGUAUGAGCAGUUUAAGCAGGCCACAAUGGAGCACUUCCGUACGCUGUUGCAGCAGAGUGAGCAGAUCAUUGAGAAGGUGAAGGCUCGAGAACCACCGGGUGCGCGGGAGCUGGAUACGGAUAAGAUCAUCACGUUGUUGGAGAACCUGCGGACGUACUUCGAGUCACAGACGGAGUCGGAAAAUGCCGCAUUGCAGAAGCAGCACAAUGUGUUGGCGUUUGAUCGCGAGUUGGAAGCGGUACGAGUUGCGAUCCGUGCUGAGGUGGAGCGGUGUGAACGUGAACGUGGUCAGUACGGGGAGAGAUUGUCCGAGGCUCAGACGGGACGUGUGGCUUUCGAGGAACGUGCGGCUGCUUUGCAGGAGCUCGAGCGUCGGAUUGAUACGUGUCUGAAUGCCGGCACGGAGCUCGUGCGUGAGUAUCCCGAAACCAGCCCGUACAUUCAGUCGGAAACGGACAGAGUCCGGAAUGAAUGGGCGGAACUGGUGCGUAAGAUCGAGGAACAUCGCCAGCAGUACAUCCUCGCGAUCGAGUACUUCGAGUUGCUGAGCACGAUUGAGGACCAAUAUCGCACGCUCAACGCGGAGCUUAUCAACGCUAACAACAAGCUGACGAUCCUGAACAACGUCGAUGUGGCGAACGAUCUGGUCGCGCAGGUUGACAGCACGAUCAGAACGCACGAGACGCGUCAGCUGGAUGCUCUUAAGAAGCUCGCAAGCCUGUCGGCGCAGCUGUACGGGUGCGAUAAAACCACCACCAUCUACACCGAGAACACGAAGCUCUUCCAGACGUUCUAUAAGAUCAAAGCGGAGGUGUACGAGCGAGCUAAAGAGCUGACUGAGCAGCAAGCUCGCCGCGAGGAGCAGCAACGCCAGGAGCAGUUACAGCGCGAACAGGAACAACAACGCUUGGAGCAGCUGCAAAAGGAGCAAGAGCAGUUGCGACUGGAGCAGGAACAGCUUCGACUAGAACAAGAACAACUCCGGCUGGAGCAGAUGCAAAAGGAACAGGAAGAGCUACGUUUGAAGCAGCUACAACUCGAACAGGAGCAACAACGACUGGAACAAAUGAAACGCGAGCAAGAGCAGCAGCGACUGGAGCAGCUGCAAAAGGAACAGGAACUGGAACGCCAGCGAGCGGAACAAUUACAACGAGAACAGGAACAAGAACAACAACGCCUCGAGCAACUCAAGCAGGAGCAACAGCAGGAGCAACAACGGCUGGAUCAACUCCAAUGGGAGCAGGAACAAGAACAGCAACGAUUGGAGCAACUCAAACGCGAUCAAGAGCAGGAACAACAGCGACUAGAGCAGCUGAAGCGCGAACAAGAACAAGAAAAACAACGUAUGGAGCAAUUGCAGCGUGAAAAGGAACAAACCAUCCAGCAGGAGCAACACGUGCUGAGCACGAUCGUUGAAGACGUUCAAAUCACAACGACUUCUCAUGCCGGGUUGCCUCAUCAGCAGCAAUCGUUCGAUGUGCAGACGAUCGAUGAAGAGCAGUACUUGCAGGAACCUCAGGUGCCACUCGUCAUACAGACGGUUGAAGAACAAGUUCACGAGCACAUCCACGAAGUCGUCAGCAGCUCAGUGGCUCCUUCACAGCCCGAAGCGAUGUUGCGCGUUGUUCAACCCCUUUCGGACGUAUCCGUACAGGAAGGGCAACGCGUUCGACUACAAUGCGUGAUAGCAGGUGUUCCCGAUCCCACGAUCGAGUGGUACAAAAACGGCAUCAGCGUACACAGCAACCCAGACUACAGGACGAGCUUCGACCCAGUCAGUGGUGUCUGUACGCUGUUGAUCGAUGAAACCGUCACCGCAGAUAGUGCGGAUAUUCUGUGCCGAGCUGUAAACGAAGCCGGUGUUGCGGAUACGGCAGCUCGGUUGCUUGUAACGGAGGCACCACCUCCACCACCGAAACCCGCCGGAACGGCUCCAACCUUCACGAUGCACCUGCUCGAAGGAGGUUUCGCUCAGGAAGGACAACCAUUUCAGUAUGAUUGCGUGGUCGGAGGCCAACCAACGCCUACGAUUCACUGGUUCAAGGGUGAUGUGUGCAUCGAUGGUUCACCGGAUUACCGGCAAUCGUACGAUCCUGCAACGGGCGUCGCGUCCUUGCGCAUCGAGCAGGUUUACCUCGAGGAUCAAACGCGCUACACGUGCCGGGCGGUGAACGAUUGCGGAUCGGACGAAACGAGCGCGUACCUCACGGUCAAGCCGCUGGAACCGACCGAAUUUCCCGACUUCCCGGAGCCGCUGUCGAACGUGAUGGCGCGCGUGGGACAAAAGAUCCGGCUCGAGGCGAAAGUAAGCGGCACACCGACACCGGAGCUGAUGUGGACGCAUGAUGGCAAACACUUCACCAACCGCGAAGUCAAAUUCUUCUACGAAAACGGCCGAGCACAAUUGGUCAUAGACGAGGCAUUCCUGAAGGAUGCUGGUGUCUACACGCUAACCGCCAAGAAUCUCGCCGGUGAACAGUGCUGCUCGUGUAAUGUGGUGGUAAAAGGUCGCCUGCCAAACGAAACCAGCGACUCGGAACUAGCAAGCGAUAUGGAACCAGUAAAACCCGCGGUUCAGCUCCCGCUGCGGGACGUGUCCGUCUUCGAGGGCAAACCGGUGCGGCUCGACUGCGUGAUCGUCGGCCAACCGGAACCGGAGGUGAUCUGGUACCACGGCGAACGCCCGGUGAAGGAAUCCCCCGACGUUCAGCUGCUCUUCCAGGGCGACCGGUGUUCGCUCGUCAUCCGCGAGGCGUUCCUCGAGGAUGCGGGCCCGUACCGGGUGGUCGCUAUAAAUAGCGCCGGUGAGGCGUCGAGCCAGUGUGCCGUACUCGUGACCCCGCUUAACACGGCCGAACCAGCCGUCCGGCAGCCGGUCGAACGCGUGCUACCGGACGUUGGUGCUCCGCCGCGGUUCGAGCGGCUGCUGAGCGAUAUCCUCGCGGAUGAGGGCGAACGGGCGCAGUUCGAAUGUGCGGUUAGUGGUGAUCCACGGCCAACGAUUCGGUGGUUGGUGAACAACCGCGAGAUCCCGACGGAUGUGACCGUGUCACCGCGCGUGCAUUGCGUCGUGCGGGACGAUGGCGUUGUGAAGCUCGUGAUCGAGCGCGUCCUGCCGGAUGAUAAGGGCGUGUAUACCGUGAAGGCGGCGAACGCGGCCGGUGAGGUGAAGUGCUUCUCGAACCUGAUCGUAAAGUCGAUCAACGCACCGGAGUUUGAGGCCGCCAGUACGCCGGCGUUCCUCACCGAGAGCCAGGUGUGCCCGACGUUCCGGGAGCUGUUUGCGGAUCGCGUCGUGCGGCUGCAUGAACCGACGAAGUUUGAGUGCAUCGUGACGGGAAAGCCGCAGCCAAAGGUGCGAUGGUUUUUCAACGACCAACCGGUGCAGGGGCAUGAUUUUCUCGUGUCGACGAGUGGCGAUCGGCAGGUGCUUGCGAUACCUGAGGUGCGGCCGGAGUUGACGGGCAAGAUCACGUGCUACGCGGAGAACGAAGCUGGCAAUGCGCAGUGUGUGGCGAUUGUGCAGCUGCUCGAGCAGCUGGGAGGGCUUGGAGGGCCGAAUCCGAUGCCGGGUCAGCAACCACUGCCGCCGAUUGUGACGGGUGAAUCGAUGCAGCAGGUUGACACCACCGGUUCGUCUUGUGUGACGCUGCAGAAGCACGUGACCACCACGUCAUCGACGUCCUCGUCGUCGUUUUCAUCUGCCUCGAUGGUGCAGCAGAACGGGGUAGCUCACACGCACUCGGAAACGCACGCCGAAUCGGCCAAACUGGACCGUUCCUUCCGGCAGGUUGGUGAACAACCAGCGGAAAUCGCUGAAGCCUCACAAUUCCAGCGAUACGAUCAGGUCAAUGGUGGACCUGCAACCGUCCAGCAUGAGGCGUCCUCGUUCGUGGGAGUUGCACCAAACCACGAAACCAUCAUCGCUAACUCUGGUCAGAUUAGCACGGGAAAACCGGCCCGCCGGAACAUGGCGCCAAGGUUCGUGACGCCGUUUAAUGGGAAAAUCGUCGACCAAGGUGCGGACGUCAUCAUCGAGGGCAUCGUCGAUGGGUACCCGAUGCCGGAUGUCACCAUCACGCGGAAUGACGUCGAGCUGCAACCGGAUGGGGAUCGCGUGAAGGUGUCCUACUCGCUGAAUAAGAUCGUCGUCGAGUUGCGCAAUGUGUCGCCGCUUGAUGCGGGCCGGUAUACGGCUACGGCUUCGAAUGCGGCUGGAGCUUCUACGAGCACUGCGGAUUUGGUGGUCAAAAAGUCCAUCUUUCCGCCAGUGUUCGGCAGACGCCUGCAGGCACAAACCGUGCGCACAGGCGAACGGGUCGUCCUGGACGCGGAAGUGACCGGCACACCCGAACCGUCCGUAGCCUGGUUCAAGGAUGGGCGCCCGGUGCAGGAAGCCCUUGCGCCUGGUAGCUACGCCCUGCAGCAGGUCGGUCCCUGCUGCAAGCUAGUGUUCGAGCAGGUCACCACGGGUGACUCGGGCAAGUACAUGGUGCUGGCCACGAACGCCGGUGGUGAAGCGCAGAGUACGGCCGACAUUGCGGUGUUGCCGUGCGAUAGUGCCGCUCAACCUGCACCACAUCCGGCACCUCAGAAGCACGUCUCGUUCGUGGACAUGGUGCAGCAACAGCAGCCCGACCCGGACGGUGCACUGGGGUCAGACACGAGCGGUUUCACCACGCACCAGGAGUACGCAAGUGAGGCGCAACUACACGGUCCAACAACAGAAUCGACGAUCGUCACCGAGACACGUCGCACGACCGAAGCGACGAUGCGUAUGGAGCACAAGAUCAGCUUUCCCGAGCUGCCUGUGCGAUGCUCACAGCGCACGCAAACACCCACGGUGACAACCGACGAAACGGGCACGAGCCCGGUCAGGAUGUCACCACCGGCUGGUACCGAACAGAGCACCACCGGCACCAACACCGACCACAUCCGAACGCGCACGGGCGCGACACAAACGCUGGCGGCAGGCGCACCAACACCAGCACAAACCGCGACACCAGUGCAGCCACCGGCAACGGUCCAAUUCGGGCACCCGGGUCAGUCCGAAUCGCGGUGGGAUAGCAGCACUAGUAGCAGCAGUACCGUCGUGCGUGAUCAACCGACGUCACACGAGCGACCGUUCCCGUUGCAACCGGCCGUGGUUGAGCAGCUUCCGGUGCCGUUGCCGAUUUACCAGCAACCCGCCCCAUCCCCAGCAACCGUUGCGCAACCACCACCGCAGAUGUACGCGUCCUUCGCAACCACGCAGCAGUUCCAGGCCUCCCAGGUGCUGUCUCAGCAGCAGUACUCGCAAUCGACGAUGCAGUACCAACCGUACAAACCAUCGCUCGGUGUUGAUGGGCCCGCGGUUCGUGCGCCAUCACCUUCCGGUUUUGUCGUCAACCAGGCGGCUCCACCACCGUUGCAGAGUUUCCCGCCCAAGAUGGCGCCGUAUAAGCCACCAGCCUCGGUACCGGCAGCACCUGCGCCGGCGGUGUUCACACCAGCACCAGCUCCGGUUGUGUUGCCACCAACGGGACAAGGUUGCACGUUGACACCGGUGCCGGGAGCUGUGCCCGCUUUUACGGCAGGACCUUCGUACAACCAAACACCGCAACCGUACAAGCCGUUGCCCCCGCCGACCAUUGCGCCUGGUUCGUACGCGCCAGGUGCACCAGCGACGGCUUCGCUGACGGAGUCGUUUGCAGCGGGUGCUUAUGCAACGCCUCAAACUGUGCCGCAACCGCAGGUGUACGCACCACCGGCACCGGAACCGACUGGUCCGGUGUCGUUGCCUCCGUAUCAGGAGCCAUUGUCCUUCUCGAGCCAGCCCACUGUUGAGCCACUCUACCCAGGUCAGUUGGGUCAAUCGGUGCAGCAACAGCAGCAACAGCAGCAACAGCAGGUUUACCAGCAGCAGCAGCAGCAGCAGCAGAUGUACCAGCAACAACAGCAGGUUUAUCAACAGCAACAGGUAUACCAGCAACAGCAGCAAGCUUACCAACAACACCAGCAGCAACACCAGCAGCAGUACUACAUGGAGCAGCAGCAACAGCAACAGGAGGAGGUCUACAAGAAGCUCUCGGUGAAGGAAACGAAAAAGAUCUUCGAGGAAACGCUGCUCCAGCAGCAGCAGCAGCAGCAGCAACCGUACGGUGACCUAAAGGCACCCCGCAUGGUGCAGUCGAUGCGUCAACCAGCAACCGCACCGCUACCGGUUGACUUUGGGUACGGUGCGAUCGCCGAGCUUGGGCUUGAACCCGGGCCCCAGCCGACGAUGGGCUACGCUCCGAAGGCAGCGAGCGAGCGCAAGAGCUCCUACUACCGGGAGCAGAUCGAGCAGUCCCUGCUGGAGAGCAUGGAUAAGGAACCGGAACGCGUACCGGCCGGCGGUGUCAAGAUUAUCCCGCCCAGCCCGCGCAAGAAGUCGGUCGGUAAGCCACCGGCACCGGCGGGACAAUCGGACACCGCGGGAGGAGUGCCUGUGCCGCUCGAUCAGCCGGCCGAGCCGCAGCCCAUGACGAAGAGCCCGUUCACCGCGACCGAGAGUGAGUGCGAGAGUGAUCUGGAAGGUGUUCGCAAGCAGAAUGGCUACCUUGCGGAUACGGAGGAGGUCGCCGUGCAGAAGACUACUACGGUUGCGUUUGAGCAGCAACAGCAGCUGCAGCAGCAGCAGCAGACGAUUGAGAGCUUCAGCAGCAGCUCGAGCAAGGUGGAGACGCACUCGUCGUCGGUUGUUAGCGAGCAGCAGACGGUUGUCCAGCAACAGGCUGAGUUGCAGGCUCAGGACAUGCCGCAGGUGUUGCAGGAAAGCGUCCAAACGGUCGCGUCCGAGGAACAACAGGUGCAGCAACAAUCGGAGGAGGUGAUCACCUCGACUUCGGAGACCAUGCAGAAGGAAACGGUUGAGGAGGUCAGCAGCAAGAGCAACUUCCUCGUCAACAACGACCUGCCGGAGGAUCUGCAACCGGUGAAGGUGUUGCCAACCGAAGAACCGCUACCAACGCUAAAGCAUGUCCCCGUACCGACCGCUGUUCAACCCGUUCCGGAACCGGCCUCGAUCCCGGCUGAACCCAUGCCGGUGGAGCAACCUCAGCAACCGCUCCAGCAACAGCUGCAACCCGAACCGGUUGGUAUGCCUACGGUGCAGCAAAACGGCUACCCAACACCGAGCCCAGCUCAGCCGUUCCUGUCCGAUUAUGAGAGUGAUGCCGCACCAUGCCCGGUGGCGGGUUACAAACCAGUCCACCCGGUGUUUGUGCCACCGAAGCAGGAGUUCACUACGGGGGCGGCUGUACCACCGCCGUCAGUAUUCGAUCCCAUCGACAAAAUUCAAGCGAACCAAACUAAACCAACGGACGCACCAAAGAUCGAGAAACCGAAACCGAUCAGCUACGUGCAGCAGCAGCAGCAGCAACAGGAGCAGUACCAGUCGUACCAGCAGCAGCAGAGCUCGUCCUAUCAGCAGCAAACCUAUCAGCAACACUCUUAUCAGCAGCAGCAGCAGCAGCAACAAGCCCAAUCGUUCCCACCGGCCGUUCAGUCGGUGCCGGCACAAUACUACACCUCGGUCACUGGCCAACCGGUGCAUAAUACGAUCGCAACCGAAACAUCGAACACGCUGCAGAUGAAGGAGAUGACCGAGAGUAGCGCACGUGUGCUGAACAUGCAGCAAACCAAGCACGUGGUCAGUCUCGAGCAACACCAACUGCAGCAACAGCAGCAGCAGCAGCAGCAACAAUCGUCCUCGUUCAUGCAGAAACCGGGUCGUUUCACACCGGGCGAGUACCGCGACAGUGACGGUUACGAUAGCGAUGGUACGCGCAUUCGCCCCAUGUGGACCCCGCAUCCGUCGGACAGUGAUGAGCCGCAUUAUCGCAGCGUGCGGCCAAACUUCCAGCAGGCCCGCUCGACGAGCUUACCGCGCCAGUACGAGCGCAUUCAAACGCCGAUGGAGUUUGACACGCUGCCGGUGCAGAUGCCAACGCGCAUCGACGUUGCGGCUGGUGGGCUUGAGCAGAGCCAUCAACGCAGCAGCUCGCUGUCACGCCAGAGCACGCAGCUCGAGACGACGACCACCGUGACGACGGAGACGCUGCGUACGCAAACGCUGGAUCGGUAUGCUUCGAAGCGGUUGGCCACGACGCCGGUACCGAAUACGCGCGAUGAUAUGGCGGUGAAGGCGCACCGGGUUGCGCCGGUUAGCUUUGUGCCGCGGCAGGCUCAAGCGCAGGCUCAGGCGCAGGCUGAUGGUAUGGCGCAAGCGUUUAAGGCGAAGGCGUACCACUUCAGCAAUGAGGUGAUGACGGAUAUUAAGAAGACACCGAUCAAACCGAUCCUGAAGAACGCGUACGGUGCGCCUGCGAUCCAACAGCAGUAUCAGCAACAACUGCCACCGCAAAUGGUUGCUGCUCCGCAGGGUGUUCAACAGACACCGCAGGUUUACCGGGAUGAAUCACGAGUGUCGCAGUAUGAGGCGUCGUUUUUGUGCUACAAGGAGCUGAAACCAAAUUGCAUUCGAGGAGCACCACACGGUACUACGAACGGCACCCGGAUACUGGAGGAAACGGACACGAUUGAGAAAACUUACAGAUCCAUUUGCUUGAUACAGACGUGCGAAGUGCAACAGCAGCAUGGAGGCUACAUCCAACAAACCACCACACCGGUGGCAGCGAUAACGCCUGGCCUGCAGACUCCAACCGGAGGUGUACCGUUCCAGCAGCAACCAACGCCUCAACCAACGUACGGCAUGGCACCCGCUCCCGGAAUGCCCGCAGCGAGCGGUCCCGGUGACUACUCACCGCCGGUGUUCGAGCAGAUCUUCAAAAACUCCCGCUUCGCCCAGGGCGGCAACGCGCUGUUCGAGGGCAAGCUAAAGGGUAACCCACGGCCGGAAGUUUCGUGGACUCGAAAAGGCGCACCCCUUCUCGAUUCCACGAAGCACCGGUUGAGCUAUAACGCCGGCACCGGCGCCGUAUCGUUGCUGAUCAACCAGAUCGGCCCAGGCGAUGAGGGCGAGUACACCUGCAAGGCACGGAACGCUGUUGGUGAGGCGAUCUGUUCGGUGUUCAUCAAACCCGAGGGCAUGCCAACGCCCCAGUUCCAGCAGGUACGCCGGGAGCAGCAAACGAUGCAGCAGCAGAGCAGUGUUAAGCAGCAGUACACCAAUGGGUACUCGCAUAUGGAGGAGGAGUUUAAGGUGGACACGUUCGAGUAUCGGUUGUUGCGUGAGACCUCCUAUCGGGAGUCACUUACGCGCCGUUAUGCUGGGGAAACUGACGCGCAGCUGAUCACGACGGUGGAUCGUGCUCUUGGACCGGCUUCAGCUCCGCAGAUUGGUCAGAAGCCACGCAACUCUAAGCUCGCGGAGGGCGCUGAUGCUGUGUUUGGUACGCGAGUUGUCGCGAAUCCUCGGCCACGUUUAUCCUGGUUCAAGGAUGGCCAGCGUAUCAUCCCGUCGGCUGACAAGUAUGAGGUUGGUUACUCCAACCAGCAAGCAACACUGCGUGUUAAGAGCGUCAACGCACGUGACUCAGGUCACUACACGCUGUUGGCCGAGAACCCGCAAGGUUGCCAGGUAUCGUCAGCUGUGUUGGCAGUCGAGCCAGCUCACGAACAGCAGCAGGUGGUCGUGGAACGAGCAACCUCCGUGACGGAGCAACAGCAGCAGUACCAGCAGCAGUUCAUCGAGAGCUCGUCGGAGGCGACCAAGGCACUGUCACCGUCGUUCGUGACGUUAAUUGCGGACGCGGAAACGACUGAGGGCAAGCUGGUGAGGUUCGACUGCCGUGUGACGGGUCGUCCGUAUCCGGAAGUGGCGUGGUACAUCAACGGUAACCUGGUGACGGAUGACGCCACGCAUAAGGUGUUGGUAAAUGAGGCUGGCAACCAUGCGCUCAUGAUCACGAGUGCUGGUCGGUUUGAUCAUGGCAUCGUGACGUGUGUGGCAAGGAAUAAGAGUGGUGAGGUUGCGGCUCAGGCUAAGCUGGUGGUGUGUGAACGUGAACAGGUAGUCGCACCGAAGUUCGUCGAGCGAUUCACCACGGUGAAUGUGAAGGAGGGCGAACCGGUGAGGUUGUUUGCGCGUGCUAUUGGUACGCCGUUGCCACGCAUCACCUGGCAGAAGGAUGGCAUCCCGCUGGUGGCUGGACCGGAAGUACUGAUCUGUAAUGAUGAGAAUGGAUGUACGACGGUGGAUAUUCCGCGUGCGAAGGCCUCCGAUGCUGCGUGGUACCAGUGCACGGCUCAGAACGUGGCUGGAACUACUGCUACUCGGGCUAGGUUGUUCGUUGAGGCGCCCAAAGGACCGGCACCUGAACAGAAGCGGCUUAAUCUGCCACGUCCGACCAAGGUCAUCCAGCCAGAGGCCGUUCCGGAACCAGAGAUCAUCUAUCUGCGCCACGUGGAGCGAGCUGCACCGCAUGCGCCACCGAAGGAAGAGGACCGCACGUAUCCUCCACCGAAGUUCCUUGUACCGUUGAGUGAUGUAGCGCAGGUUGAGGGAGGAAAGGUGCACUUCGAGGCACGGAUUGAGCCUGUCUCCGAUCCGACGAUGCGCGUGCAGUGGUUCCUGAACGGCAAUCUGAUCCAAGCGAGCUCACGCGCAAAUACGACGUUCCAGUUCGGAUUCGUCGCGCUGGACUUGCUCACGAUCGUGAUGGAGGACAGCGGCGAGUACCUUUGCCGACUCUCCAGCUCAACCGGAGUCGCGGAGUCCCGCGCCAUGUUGAGCGUUCAGCCACGACCGCCGAUCGAGCAGCAACCACAACAUCCGUCAUCGCUGGACCAGAUCCAACACCUCGAGGACUACUCCAAGUACGUACGUACUGACAGCAUUGAGGAGGUGGUCAACCAGAAGCCAGGCUUCACCCGACCUCUUCAGGACCUUGGAGAGCUGGAAGAAGGCCGCAAUGCGCACUUCGAGGCGCAGAUCACGCCAGUCAGCGAUCCGACGAUGCGCGUCGAAUGGUACAAGGACGGUCGCCCAAUCACGGCUAGCUCACGCAUCACGGCCAUCUUUAACUUUGGCUAUGUGUCGCUCAACAUCAUGCAUCUGCGAGCGGAAGACGCCGGCACGUACACGGUCCGAGCUGUCAACCGGAUGGGCGAAGCGAUCAGCACGUCGAAGAUCACCGUCGUCAGCAAGGCGCCGGUAACGGGUGACCUGGGUAUCUCGGAACAGCGCAACUAUAUCCAGAAAAUCGAGGAGCUCGAACAGUAUCAGAAGUACCAAAACAUGAAGUUCUACGAGGAGACGCCCGAGAGCACGCAGCGUCCUGAAUUCAAGAGUCCCAUCUCGGAUCAGCUGAACGUGCGUGAAGGUGGUUUCGCUCAUUUUGAGGCCCGUUUGGAACCUGUUGGUGAUGCGACACUGCGCGUUGAGUGGCUUAAGGAUGGUCACCCAGUGGAGGCGAGCUCACGUAUCACGUCGUUCUGCAACUUCGGGUAUGUGGCGCUCACCAUCAAGCAGGUGACCGUGCACGAUGUUGGCACCUACACCUGUCGCGCGUACAACUCGCUGGGUGAGGCACACGUCUCGGCUCAGCUGACGGUGUUGACGCGUCAGGAUAUCAUCGUGGAUUCGCAGACGAGCCACAUGGGUAUGGAGAAGAUCCAGUACCUUGAGGACUCGUCACGGUACAGCCGCACUACGCAAGAACAAGUAGAGCAGCAGGUCGUUGUGCAGCCGCAGCCUCGAUUCUUGGGACCGCUUAAGGGCACAAACCGUAUUGUGGAGGGACAGCGUGCGCACUUUGAGGCACGUCUCGAACCACAAUCGGACCUGACAAUGCGCGUCGAGUGGUACCAUAAUGGACGUCCGCUGAUGAGCGCUAACCGUAUCCAGACGUACCACGACUUUGGGUAUGUGGCGUUGGAUAUCUUGGACGUGCGUGCGGAGGACUCCGGUACCUACACGCUGGUGGCCGCGAAUAGCUCGGGACAGGCGCAGGUUGAGGCGACGAUGGUCGUUGAAACUCGUGCUGCCAUCGACACCACCAGCAUGCACCACGUGGUCGAACGCUCGCAGCAGAAGGUCGAGAAGCAGUUCGUCGAGCCGCAGUACCAGAUCGAGGAGCUAUGCAAGUCGAAGCCGAUCUUCACACAGCCACUCUCAGAUCCGCAGCCCGUCGGCGAGGGCCGUAACAUCCAUCUCGAGUGCAAACUCGAACCCCUAGGUGAUCCAACGAUGCGUGUCGAAUGGUACCACAACGGACGCCCGAUCACCGUCGGAUCGCGCUUCAAGACUUACUACGACUUUGGCUUUGUAGCCUUAGACAUUCUGCACUCGACCGCCAUGGACUCAGGCGAGUACACCGUGCGAGCAACGAACCAACUAGGAUCAUCUCACACAUCCGCAUGCGUGCGUGUCAUCACCCGUUCGGACGUCAUUACGGAGGCACAAAGCGAAAUGUCCGUCGAGCAGAUGCAGUACCUCGAGGACGCAUCGCGUAUGCGUCGUGAUGUCCUGGAGGACAUCACCGUUAUGUCACCGCCUCAGUUUGCACGCUCACUCCACAACGUGGAAACGUUCGAGGGCACCAACAUUCACCUCGAGUGCCGUCUGCAACCUGUCGGUGAUCCGACGAUGCGCGUCGAGUGGUUCGUGAACGGACUUCCGGUCAAGAUUGGACACCGGUUCCGACCGGCGUAUGAGUUUGACUACGUAGCGCUCGACCUGCUCGGUGUGUACGCCGCUGAUUCUGGUGUGUACACCUGUCAGGCACGCAAUUCGCUCGGUGAAGCUGUCACCUCGUGCUCGGUACGCAUCAUGGCGAAGAAGGACUUAAUCCUUGAGACGCAGUACCCGGCUGGGCUAGAGAAGCUGCAGUACUUGGAGGACAUCGCGCGUUACCGCAAGACCGAGUACGUGGAUGAGAUCGUGAACGUGAAACCGCGAUUCCUGACCAAACCGAAGAACAUCGAUCGGGCCCAGGAAGGUGGUCAUGCACACUUUGAGUGCAAGCUGGAACCAGUGACGGAUCCGAACCUGAAGGUGGAGUGGUACAAGAACGGUAUGCCCAUCACCGUAGGACAUCGGUUCCGGCCGAUUCACGACUUUGGGUAUGUGGCACUUGACAUCGUUGAUCUGAUUGCGGAGGACACAGGCACGUACAUGUGCCGAGCCGUAAAUCUGGUCGGCGUGGAUGAGAUCGCUGUACAGCUGGUGUGCCGCGGAUCGCAGCAGAUCCUGACGAACACCCAGAACGAGAUGGGACUGGAGCAGAUCCAGUACCUCGAGGAGAAGACGCGCCAGCAGCGAUCGGAGUACCUCGACGAGAUGACAACUCAGGCACCGACCUUCACAACUUCGCUGAAGCACAUCGAGAUCAAGGAGGGUCAACGUGCGCACUUCGAGUGCCGACUCAUUCCGGUGUCGGACCCGACGUUGCGUGUUGAGUGGUACCACAAUGAGGCCCCGGUUAAGACUGGCUCGCGAUUUACCGAAACGAACAACUUCGGUUUCGUGGCGCUAGACAUCAUGGGCUGUUUGGGUGAUGACUCUGGCACGUACACCUGCCGAGCGGUGAACGCACUUGGUGAAGCCGUCACUUCGGCGACUUGCGUUGUGCACACGCGCAAGAGCAUCUACGCGGAGUCGCAGCACGAGCAUGCGCUGACGAGCCUUCGCUAUCUUGAGGAUAACGCGCGUUACCAGCGUGACACUGAGGUCGACGAGGUGAUCACGCAGGCGCCAGUGUUCACGCUGCCAGUGAAGGACGUUAAGGCUGCCGAGAACCAGGCCGUGCACUUCGAAGCGCGUUUGGUACCAGUAGGUGAUCCGAAGAUGCGUGUCGAAUGGCUGCGUAAUGGCGUGCCGAUCGAGGCGUCGAACCGUACUACGACCAUGCAUGACUUUGGCUACGUAGCGCUCAACAUGAAGUACGUCAAUCCGGAGGAUUCGGGCACGUACACCUGCCGAGCGACGAAUGAUCUUGGUCAGGCUGUCACCUCAGCUAAGUUGGUUGUCCAAUCGAAGGCGUCGCUUGACCUGGAAACGCAGAAUGAGAGCGCGUUGGAGAAGAUCCACCAGCUUGAGGAUGCUAUCAGGUUCCACCGUCGUGAAGAAGAGGACGUAGCUGUCACGCAGCCACCUAAAUUCACGACGAAGCUGCAUGGACCGACAAACCUCGUGGAGGGACAAAGCGCUCACUACGAAUGCCGCAUCGAGCCGUACCCGGAUGCGAGCCUGAAGGUGGAGUGGUUCCACAAUGGACAACCUCUCACUACCGGUCACAGGUUCCGCACGACGUACGACUUUGGAUUCGCUGCGCUUGACGUGCUGACGGUGUACGCCGAAGACUCCGGCGAAUACACGUGCCGUGCCACGAACCAUCUGGGCUCGGAAACUUCUGCUAUUUCGCUGAAUGUCACCCCGAAGGCGGGCAUUGUGCGUGAAACGCAGCAUGAGGGUGCACUGGAGAAGAUCCAGUACCUCGAGUGUGAUGCUCGGUAUGGCCGCAAGGGCGAAGAUGAGAUGUAUGUGGCCGAAAAGCCACAGUUCGGACGACCACUUAAGAAUGCCAGCGUUACUGAGGGAUUGCCGGUACAUCUGGAGGCGACACUGACGCCUGUUAACGACCCAACGAUGAAGGUGGAAUGGUACUGCAAUGGACGUCCGAUUCAACAGGGCCACCGGUUCAAGACGACGUACGAUUUCGGUUUCGUAGCUCUCGACAUUCUUUAUGCGCACGCUGAGGACACGGGUACUUACAUGUGUAAGGCAAAGAAUGCAAUUGGAGAGGCUGUUACGACAUGCGCUGUUAAAGUCACAGCAAAUGCUGGAUUAUACUUAGAGACGCUUGACGAACAGCGACUGCAAAAGAUAAAGGAACUGGAGAGCUACCAGAAACCACACACACCGGACGUCGAACCGGCGAAGCAGAAGCCCGUUUUCCUGACGCCAUUGACCAGCCUCGAAAACCUGAAGGAGGGUGACUACGCCCACCUCGAGUGCCGCGUUGAACCGAUCAACGAUCCGAACCUAAAGAUCGAGUGGUUCAUCAACGGUAAGGCGAUUCGUGCUGGUCAUCGGUUCCGCACAACGCACGACUUCGGUUACGUCGCGCUGGACAUCCUCUACGUAUACGGUGAGGAUAGUGGCACGUACAUGUGCAAGGCCACCAACCACGUCGGAGAAGCGGUCAGCACGUGCAACAUUCGCGUCACGAACAAGCGCAACAUCAUCUUCGACUCGCAGCAUCCGGAUGGUUUGGAGAAGAUCCAGAAGCUCGAGGCGCAUCUGCGCCCAUCUCGACUGGAGCUGGACGAACCGGAGGUAACAGCGCCACGCUUCGUGACGGAACUCCGCGGAACUACGGAGAUCCACGAAGGCCAAACGGCGCACUUCGAGGCACAGGUCGAACCCAUCCACGAUCCGAACCUGCGCAUCGAGUUCUACCACAAUGGUAAACCGCUGCAGUCGGCAUCACGCUUCCACAUCACGUUCGAUUUUGGAUACGUCGCGUUGGACAUCCAGCACGUCGUGGCUGAGGACGCUGGCGAGUACAUGGUGAAGGCGAUCAACGCCAAGGGUCAGUGUAAGUCGUCGAUCCGCAUGCAGGUGUCGGCGAAGGGCGCCAUCAUCUCGGACACGCAACAUCCUGAGGGAUUGGACAAGAUCCGUCAACUUGAAGGUGCCAGUCCGUUCCGCCGACCAGAAGUACAAGAGGCGAUCACGAAACAGCGACCGGUGUUCACGCAACCCCUGCAGAACAUUGACUUUGUCGCUGAAGGUCAAACGGCACACUUCGAGUGCCGGUUGAUUCCGGUUGGAGAUCCAAACCUUCGUGUGGAAUGGUUCCGCAACGAGCAACCUCUGGAGGAUAGCUCGCGCAUUGCUAAGCAGCAUGACUUUGGGUUUGUUUCGAUGGACCUGCAGCAUGUGCGCGAAGAGGAUGAAGGCGUGUACAUGUGCCGUGCGAUCAACCCACUUGGAGAGGCCGUUACCACGGCGUCUAUGCGCGUCCGUACGAAGGCCAGCAUCCAGAUGGACUCGCAACACCCAGAGGGCAUGAAGAAGAUCAUUGCUUUGGAGCAACCUCAUCAGCAGCGUGCAGAAGAUCGUGAGGCCGCGUUUGAGAAGCCCAUUUUCACGCAGCUGUUGACAGGACCUUCGGAAUUGUGGGAGGGCCAACAUGCGCACUUCGAGGCACGUGUGGUUCCAGUGGGUGAUGCAAGCAUGAAGUACGAAUGGUACGUGAACGGUGUCGAGCUGAAGAUGGGCUCGCGCUUCCGUACGACCAACGACUUUGGAUUCGUGACGCUGGACAUCAACUCGGCGGUUGCGGAGGACUCUGGCGUGUACAUGUGCAAGGCGAUCAACCGCGCUGGUGAGGCUGUCUCCUCUACCACGAUGAAGAUCAAAUCGAAGGCAUCGAUCGCUGGUGAACCACUACUUCCGGAGGCAUGGGAGAAGAUCCAGUUGAAGGAAGCCGCUAUGAACCGCGUGCCAGAUAUGUUCGUUGACACGACGCCCCAACAGGCACCGGUGUUCACGACGCAUCUAGAGAGCCACGAUAAGCUGCAAGAGGGCCAGCACGUCUAUCUGGAGGCACAGGUCGAACCACGAGCUGAUCCGAACCUGCGCAUUGAAUGGUUCAAGAACGGUAUCGCGAUUACUACGGGCGCUCGUAUCCGCAGCACGUUCGAUUUCGGACUUGUUACGCUCUCGAUCAACGGUCUGCGAGCGGACGAUUCAGCGAUCUACACCUGCAAGGCGACGAACAACCUUGGUGAGGCCGUUUCUACUGCCACGCUCAAGAUCGACGCUAGCCACUGGCUGCUUGGUGACACGAUGCAUCCUUCAUCGGUGCAGAAGAUCCAGGACCUUGAGGCACCUCGGUUGAAUCUACGUGACGUCCCAGAGGACCAGUUCGAAUCACCAGUGUUCGUGAGCCACCUGAACAACGUGGAGAUCCGCGAAGGUGAGAACGCUCACUUCGAAUGCCGCGUGGAACCGUCCAAGGACCCGACCAUGCAGAUCGAGUGGUUCGUCAAUGGAAAGCCACUACCAACUGGAUCACGUUUCAAGACGACGUACGAUUUUGGAUUCGUGUCGCUCGACCUCACGGGUGCUUAUGCCGAGGACUCAGGCAUUUACACCUGCAAGGCAACCAACGCCAAGGGCUCAGCAUCCACCUCGGGCUCACUGCGAUGCACCAGCACUACCACGAUGUACCUGGACACGCAACACCCGCAGGGUAAGGCCGGCCUUGAAGCCGUACAGGACACCGAAGCUGCCCUUGCCAACCGCUACAAGCGACAGGACUCGAAACCAGAUGCUGCCUUCCCGAAACCACAAUGGACCGUACAGCUACAGUCGGAGUUCCGGCUGAACGAAGCCGAAUCACUGCACCUGGAAGGACAGGUCGAGCCAAAGGAAGACCCGAACCUGCGCAUCGAAUGGUACUUCAACGGAAAGGUGCUCGAGCACGGUUCGCGCUUCAAGAUGACCAGCGACUUCGGUUUCGUGACGCUCGAUCUCACGGAGGUGUACGAGCGCGAUCAAGGUAUCUACACCUGCAAGGCGUACAACCGUGCCGGUGAGGCGUUCACCUCCUCGACGGUGUACUGCGCCACGAAGGAGAGCCUGAUCGAGCGCACGCAACACCCGAAGGGUACCGAGGGUCUGGAGAAGAUUCAAGAUCUCGAGGAUUCGCUACGUCGACCGGAUGGCGAACAGGCGGACUCGGACGCAGGUCAUGCGCCACGUUUCACGUCGGAGUUCGUGAAGCUGACGAACGUCGGAGAGGGUGAGAUCGCGCACUUUGAUGCCACGCUCAUCCCAACAGGCGAUCAGUCGAUGACCAUCGAGUGGCUGUACAACGGUCGUCAGCUGGAAGCAAGUCACCGCGUGCGUACAGUGUACGCCUUCGGUAUGGUUGUUCUCGAGAUCCUUGGAACCAAGAUUGAGGACUCGGGUAGCUACACGUGCCGUGCCACUAAUCGUUGGGGCUCAGCCGAGAUCAGCGUUGAUCUGGAGUGCGUGGACAAGUCCGCAGGACAGAAACCACGUUUCACAACUCAACUGCAAUCGCUCGAGGGUCUGAAGGAUGGCCAGUCGGCGCACUUCGAGUGCACGCUGGUGCCGGUGAACGAUCCAGACCUGAAGGUGGAAUGGUUCCACAAUGGACAGCCAAUGCGCCACUCGAACCGCAUCAAGCCAGUGUCCGACUUUGGCUACGUUCUGCUGGACAUUGCGUACGUACAGAGCCACGAUUCGGGCGAGUACGUGUGCCGUGCGUCGAACAAGUACGGUGAGGACUCGACCCGCGCAACGCUGAAGUGCUUCGGCAAGGGUGGUGUAUAUCUGGAGUCGUUGCAACCGGACUCAUUGGCGCGUAUCCGCGAGCUCGAGAGUCAGUCGGGCGUGAAGCAGACCGCAGCAGGAUCACCAGUUGGUGAGGCACCUCGUUUCACGACGAAGAUCAGCGACAUCACGAAACUGGUGGAAGGCCAGAGUGCUCACUUCGAGGCACGUCUAACGCCCAUCAACGAUCCCGAGCUGGUGGUCGAGUGGUACUGGAAUGGACAGAAGUUGCCACAUGGACACCGAUACCGGACGUUCCAUGAUUUUGGUAUCGUCAUCCUGGACAUCCUGUACUGCUACGAGGAGAAUUCGGGCGAGUUUGAGUGCCGUGCGACGAACAAGUAUGGUUCAGACAGCACUAAGGCGUCGUUGCGUUGCGUCUCGAAGGCGAACCUGAUCCUGGACUCGCAGCUACCCCGUGGUAUGGAGGGUGGACUGGAGAAGAUCCAGACAUUGGAAGACUCGCUGGUGCGUACGCGCGAUGAACGCGAACGUACUGAGGGUGGACGUGCGCCAGUCUUUACGACACCGCUUUCGAACAUCGAUUCACUGCGUGAAGGUGAAAGUGCUCACUUUGAGGCGAAGUUGACGCCAACGGACGAUCCGAAGUUGAAGGUGGAAUGGUUCUGGAACGGUAAACCACUGAAGACGGGUUCACGCUUCCGCACGUUCUGCGACUUUGGAUUCGUGAUCCUUGAGAUCUCACCUGUGUACCCAGAAGACUCGGGCGAGUACUCGUGCCGUGCUACGAACGAGUAUGGUGAAGCCGUCACCAGCUCGACUAUGCGUGUCCAGGGCAAGCGCAGCAUCAUCCUGGAGUCACAGCUGCCUAAAGGUAUGGAAGGUACGAUCGAACGCAUCGCUGAGCUGGAAGGUCUUGGAAUCCCGCACGGUGGACUUGGUUCCCCAGACGAUGACACCGGUAAGCCACCGGAGUUCAUCACCACCCCGUCGGAUAUGACGUUGACGGAGAAUUCGCUGGCACACUUCGAAUGUCGAUUGACACCGAUCAACGAUCCAAGCAUGCGAGUUGAGUGGUACCACAAUGGUAAGGCACUGUGGGCCGGUUCACGCAUCAAAACGAUCAACGACUUUGGAUUCGUGAUUCUCGAGAUUGCGGGAUGUUAUCAGCGCGAUUCGGGACUGUACACCUGCAAGGCAACCAACAGGCAUGGUGAGGCUACCGUCUCAUGCAAGCUGACUGUGAGAGGUCGCCAAGGCAUCAUCAUGGAACCUCAGUUGCCGUCCAACUUCCGCACUGGUACGGAGAGCAUUCAGAAGCUCGAGGAACAGCUGCAUAAGCGCGAGGAACUGUUGGCUGAUGAGGAAGAAGGCCGUCCACCGAAGUUCGUCGUCGAAAUCAAGGACAACGUGGACGUGCCAGAGGGCGGACCAGUGCACUUCGACUGCCGAGUAGAGCCCGUGGGUGAUUCGUCACUGCGCAUCGACUGGUACCAUAAUGGCAAACCAUUUGCGACCGGAUCUCGAGUGCAUAUGCUGAACGACUUUGGAUUUAUCGCCCUUGACAUGGAUUACGCGUACGUGCGCGAUUCGGGCGUGUAUGAGUGCCGUGCCACCAACAAAUGGGGAACGGCCUCGACAACCGCCAAGGUCACGGUAGUUGCUCGCGGUGGUAUUGUGCUGGACUCACAGCUACCUGAGGGUAUGACGGCCUCGAAGCUGAAGGAGUUGGAACGUGGCAAGGUGACGCUUGCAACCCAGGAAGAACGUACCUUUGGACCACCGAAGUUCGUGUCACAGAUCCAGUCUGCCACGAUCGAUGAAGGUGAAACGAUCCGCUUCGAAUGCCGCGUUGAGCCUAAAGAGGACCCGAAACUGCGCGUCGAGUGGUUCCGCAACGGAAAACCACUGCCAAGUGGCCACCGAUACCGCACGAUCUACGAUAUGGGCUUCGUCUCGCUGGACAUCCUGUCGGUGUACACGGAGGAUGCGGGCGAUUAUACCUGCCGCGCGUACAACGAGCACGGUGAGGACGUAACGAAGGCGCACGUCACCUGCAAGAAGUUGCCCUCGAUCGUGCUGCAGAACCAAAUCCCGAAGGGUAUGCAGAAGUCCGAGACACUGAUGCAGAUGGAGGCGACGAUCAAGAAGUACACGGAGGAGAUCUUCCUGACUGAGGACGAUCUGUUCGAUCCGGAUCGCAAGCAACCUCCUCGGUUUGUCGUGCAGAUCAAGGAUCAGACUAACCUGGUUGAGAUGCAGGCGACGAAGUUCGAGUGCCAACUGGCACCGGUUGGUGAUCCGGAUAUGAAGGUGGAAUGGUUCUACAAUGGCAAACCGUUGCCGUACAAGAACCGUUUCACGCCGAUCUACGACUUUGGUUAUGUGGCAAUGAACUUUGGCUGGAUCUACCCCGAGGACAGUGGCGAGUAUCUGUGCCGUGCUACCAACCUUUACGGUAUGGAUGAGACGCGCGCCAUCAUCAAGACUACUGGCAAGCCAGGCAUUGUGUACGACUCACAGCUGCCGAAGGGCAUGAAGAGUAUCCAGAAGAUCCGUGAAAUGGAAGCUUUGUGGAACCUGAACAUCCCCGAGGUUAUCGAUGAGACGCAGAAACCGAAGAAGGAACCGGCGUUCGUCAGUCGCCCAGAAUCGAUCGAGGUCGAGGAAGGCGAAUGGGCUCGCUUCUGCUGCCGUGUCACUGGUCAUCCGAAACCACGCGUCAUGUGGCUUAUCAACGGACACACGGUUGUUAAUGGUCAACGCUACAAGCUCACCUACGACGGUAUGUAUCACUUCGACAUCCCGAAAACGCGUCAGUACGACACCGGUAAGAUCGAGGUGAUCGCCCGAAGCUCCGUCGGUGAAGCCGUUGCUAGCUGUGAACUGAAGAUCACUCCACGCCGAGAUGACUACCGCGGUGUGCUGAAGAACUCCCCAAGACCAUGGUACGACUACGAUCUAGUCGCGUAUCAGAAGGGCCGCAAUGAGACCGAUCUUGAGGUGACCCUGCAGGAGGAGAAGGUGAAGAAGAAGCGCGUCGUCAAGGUGGUGCAGAAGGCGAAGGCCCGCAAGGACGGUGAAACCGAGUGGCAGAAGACAGUCAAGCAGAAGAAGGGCGAAGACUACUACAGCAAGCUGGCCGAGCUGGAGAACGAACAGAUCACCAAAGAACAGAAGAUGCGUGAGGAAAAGCACCAGUUCGCCAUUCCGGGCGAGAAGGUCGUCAGCCAAUCGAUCGCGAAGGGCAUGGCCAGUGCCUACGAGCAAACUUUGGAGGAAACCAAAGAAAGCGAACAGGUGGACCUGAUCGAAGCCCCGAAGAUGAAGCUGAUCCCAGAACCCACAGAAACCUCGGUACAAGGCAAAGAGGUGCACGUUUCCCAGCAGAAGCAAACGCAAAAGGAGGUGUACGAUGACAAGGAGAUCAUCCGCAAGAUCACGGCCACCGAAACAACGGAAAUGGAGCACAAGGGCACCACACACGAACGUGUCGUUGAGGGCCCAGUGCAGCCAGCCAAACCGCCGGUAUUCACGCGCAAAAUCCAACCAUGCCGAGCGUUCGAGAAUGAACAGGCUCGCUUUGAGGUGGAGUUCGAUGGUGAACCAAUGCCGACGGUCCGGUGGUUCCGCGAAAACUUCCAGAUCAACAACUCCGCAGACUUCCAGAUCCACACGUUCGGUUCGAAGUCGGUGCUGAUCAUCCGCCAGGUGUUCCUUGAGGAUUCAGCUGUAUUUGCGGUGAUCGCGGAGAAUCGCGGAGGAUCAGCUAAGUGCAGUGCGAAUUUGGUGGUUGAACAACGCCGUCAGCAAGGACGUGGUGGCGUUAUCCCACCAAGCUUCGUGAGCACCAUCAGUGACACGACGGUCACAGCUGGACAGCUGGCACGUUUCGACGCGAAGGUCACCGGCACUAAGCCAUUGGACGUGUACUGGUUGAAGAGCGGGCAGAAGAUCACACCCAACAUCAAGUACAAGACGCUCGAGGAGGACAACAACUACACACUCCUCAUCAUCGAGGCGUACGCCGAGGAUGGCGCUAAGUACGAGUGUGUGGCCAUCAACAGUGCCGGUGAGGCGCGUUGUGAUGCGGUUUGUACUGUCGAUACGCCAGUAACACCGAUCAUCGAAAAGCCAGCUACACCUGGUACGGAGCGUCCGCCAACCUUGGUGGAACCGCUGAAGGACAAGACCGUACCCGAGGGACAAUCGGUCGAGUUCCGGACGCGUGUGACGGGAAAACCGACACCGACCGCGCAGUGGUUCAAGGGAGAUAAGCAGAUCAAACCGUCGAAGUACUUCCAGAUGGGCAAGGAUCGGGAUGCGUUCACGCUGAUCGUUACCGAGGCGUUCCCGGAGGACGAAGGCCAGUAUCUGUGCAUCGCUUCCAACCCAGGUGGUGAAGUGCACACGACCGCUACGCUGAAGGUGGUCGCACCGGAGAUGCCGGAUGCUGGACCGAAGCUGAGCGAAAUGAAGGAUUGCGUCGUGGAAGAAGGCUCACCAGCGCAGUUCAAGACGACCAUCGUGGGCAAACCGACCAAGAUGACCGUGCAGUGGUUGCGCGAGGGUUUGCUGAUUCCGGAGUCGCCCGAUUUUCAGAUGAUCAACGAGGGCAACAACGCGGUGCUGCUGAUCGGCACGACCUACGAGGAGGACUCAGGCCUCUUCACCUGCCGGGUGACCACAUCCGCCGGUCAGGUCGAAACAUCCGCCAAACUGGUAGUCAAAAAGCGCCGAAAGCAUCUGCGACAGGUGCAUGGUCCCGCUGGAGUUCAACUCCAACAGCAACAAAACUUGCAGCAAACACAGCAAUUUUCAACGUCAACAUCGGCUCAUGGCAACGUCCUUGAGCUGAGCGAUGCUUCUUACGAUAGCAGCACAGGCGUUAGCGAGAUGGAUACCGAAUUUGUACCUCAAGGCGAUGAAACCCUUCCAUGGAGGCAAUCGCGAAGAUUAUCGCGAGGAGCCGUACCGAACGUUGCUCCUUGGCGUCGCGCUUCGCAAGAUCGUCGUACGUCACGUGAUCGAUCUCUCUCCAUCGAUAAGCGUGAAGAGAUCAAGCCAUGGACGGCCGAACCGGUAAAGCUGAAGAAAACUACAAAGGAACGCAAAACCAUUGAGAAGGAAAAACUCGAAACCGUGCAGCUGAAGCCGACACAAAUCCAAAAAGCGCAAGUAAAGCGAGAACAGCUGGAGAAAGUCGAGCUGAAAGCGGUGAAACGUGAGCAGGAAAUCAGCGAGCACCGUAUGGAGGAGAUGGUUGAAGCCCUGCUCAGUGAGAAGGAAAGCAUCGACCACGUCGACUAUAACGUUCAGAAGCUGCGGCAUGACGAAGAUAGUUCCUUUUUGGAAAUACAACAGCAAAUCGAUGAGUCAAUCAAAACGGAUGCUUCAAAGGGCGAAGGAGUCCCUUGGCGCCGUGGGGGUGCUAAAUUGCAGCAACCUCAAAGUGGCACAAUACAGUAUACAGAAACAGACGAAAGCACGCUCCUCAAAGUAGACAGAGAUGAAUCAAUGGAUGAAUUGGAGAAACACAAACUGGAACUAGACCAGGGAAGUGGAGUAGCGUGGCGUCGAGGAAAACGGCCCGAACGAGAACUGCAACCAUUCACGCAAGUGGAAGAUUCAUCUAUGCUCAGUGUCGAUCGUCUAGAAGACCAAGAAGAAAAACAAGCAACGAAACCUAAAGCUGUCCCAUGGCAACGAGGAGCAAAACAAAUUGCUCCUCAUGUAGUUGACAUUACCCAAAGCGAAGAUACUUCACUGCUUAAAAUCGAACAAGCUGAAGAAGAAUUGCAACAAGACGCGAAAUCAACGGAGCAACCGGUAGCUUGGAGACGAGGACCGAAGGAAAAGAAACAAUUGACACAAGCAGCUGCAGAGCCUCAGGAACCAACAGCUGAAGAGCAAGCAGAAGCACAGCUUCCUCCGUGGAUGCGUGGACGAAAAUUGGGUCCUAAACGAGAAAUACCAAAACCUGAACAACCCGAAAAGGUCGAACAAGUUCUGUUAAAGCCCACACCUCGCCAGAAAAAGGAACUUCCAAAGGAAUCCGUCGAGGAAGUGUCUUUGAAACCAGUUCCCAAAAAGCCUGUCGUGGAAGAAGUCACCCCCGAAGAACCAGAACAAGCAGAAGAGAAAACUAUUAAGCUGGAAAAGAAGAAGAAACCAAGGCCAUCGGCUCAAAAACAGGUAUCAUUAGAGAAACUGGAAUUUAUUCCAACAGAAGUUCCCGAGGCUGAGCAAAUGGAGCUCCCAGAAAAACUUCAGGAGGUCAAACCUAAAGAACCGGAGCAGGAACCGGAGAAACCUAGUUGGCGUAGACAACAAAAACCACGACCUCAAGAAGAGACCCCUGAAGAAAAGCAAUGGCCCACUGGCAAGAGGCGUCCACUUCCAGAGGAACCAAAGGAAGAAGUUAUUCUUAAACCGAUUCCAAAGCCUGCAAAGGACACAGAGCCAACACCAAUGGCAGAGCCUACAAUUCAGCCAAAACCAAUUCUCGAGACUGUUGAUAAAACGGAACCUAUUCCCGAAGAAGAUACUACGUUACCGCCCUGGCGUCGUGGUAAGAAACCAGCAGAAAAGAAGGUCAUUCCCGCUCCAGAACCCGAAGUUGUUGAACAGGUGCUUCUAAAACCUACGCCUCGCCAGAAAAAGGAACUUCCAAAGGAAUCCGUCGAGGAAGUGUCUUUGAAACCAGUUCCCAAAAAGCCUGUCGUGGAAGAAGUCACCCCCGAAGAACCAGAACAAGCAGAAGAGAAAACUAUUAAGCUGGAAAAGAAGAAGAAACCAAGGCCAUCGGCUCAAAAACAGGUAUCAUUAGAGAAACUGGAAUUUAUUCCAACAGAAGUUCCCGAGGCUGAGCAAAUGGAGCUCCCAGAAAAACUUCAGGAGGUCAAACCUAAAGAACCGGAGCAGGAACCGGAGAAACCUAGUUGGCGUAGACAACAAAAACCACGACCUCAAGAAGAGACCCCUGAAGAAAAGCAAUGGCCCACUGGCAAGAGGCGUCCACUUCCACAGGAACCAAAGGAAGAAGUUAUUCUUAAACCGAUUCCAAAGCCUGCAAAGGACACAGAGCCAACACCAAUGGCAGAGCCUACAAUUCAGCCAAAACCAAUUCUCGAGACUGUUGAUAAAACGGAACCUAUUCCCGAAGAAGAUACUACGUUACCGCCCUGGCGUCGUGGUAAGAAACCAGCAGAAAAGAAGGUCAUUCCCGCUCCAGAACCCGAAGUUGUUGAACAGGUGCUUCUAAAACCUACGCCUCGCCAGAAAAAGGAACUUCCAAAGGAAUCCGUCGAGGAAGUGUCUUUGAAACCAGUUCCCAAAAAGCCUGUCGUGGAAGAAGUCACCCCCGAAGAACCAGAACAAGUAGAAGAGAAAACUAUUAAGCUGGAAAAGAAGAAGAAACCAAGGCCAUCGGCCCAAAAACAGGUAUCAUUAGAGAAACUGGAAUUUAUUCCAACAGAAGUUCCCGAGGCUGAGAAAAUGGAGCUCCCAGAAAAACUUCAGGAGGUCAAACCUAAAGAACCGGAGCAGGAACCGGAGAAACCUAGUUGGCGUAGACAACAAAAACCACGACCUCAAGAAGAGACCCCUGAAGAAAAGCAAUGGCCCACUGGCAAGAGGCAUCCACUUCCAGAGGAACCAAAGGAAGAAGUUAUUCUUAAACCGAUUCCAAAGCCUGCAAAGGACACAGAGCCAACACCAGUGGCAGAGCCUUCGUUAAAACAAAAACCGAUUCCAGAAAUAUCGCACGAACUUGAACCUGUGGAGCUUGCAUUAGAUAAGCCUGGCGAAAAAGAAACAGAGCCAAGUCAACCUCCUUGGCGACGCGGAAGUAAGUCUAGAGCCAUUAUAAAAGAAAUCGCUCCUCCAGAGCCUAAUGAAAUGGAAAGUAUUGUAUUAAAACCUACCAAACAAAGAGCUAAAGAGAUUACACAAGAACCAUUGGAAGAAGUAUCGUUAAAACCAGUACCACAACAAAGUGAAAUUGUAGACAUUCCCUUGGAAACUGUUGAGGUUGUUGAUAUGAAAGAUAUCACUCCUAAAAAGGCAAAGAAAGUUAAGAAAAGGGAGCAUAUCGAACCACUCGAAAAGCCUGUCUAUCCAGAAAUCCCCGAACCAGAAGAGGUUCAACUCGAAAAGUUAGAAGCUCCUAUAGAAGAAAUUGUUGAGCCACAACAAACAACACCAGAACAGCCAUCAUGGAGAAGGACUCCAAAACCGAAACCGGUAGAAGUGCAACAAGAAGAAAAGAAGUGGCCUACUGGUAAGCGACGUCCCUUGGUUGAGGAACCUAAGGAGGAGAUAGUGUUAAAGCCAAUCCCGAAACCAACAAAAUCAGCCUCUCCAGAGCCGGAACAACAAGUAGUCAUGAAACCGAAACAAUCGGAACAAGUACCACCUAAGGACGAAAGCCCAGAAAGGUCUCAUCUGCCACGAGCAAAGAAAGAAAAGCCACUUGAUGAAGAACAAGAACCAAAAGAAUGGCCUAAAGGGAAACGAAGACCAUUAAAAGAAUCUCCACAGGAGGAAGUAACGCUCAAACCAAUUCCGAAGACAACUCAAGAGCAGCCAGCGAAACCAACAGAAGAACCAACUUUCAAACGCAUGGAACCCACCGUCCAAGAGCCUGAACAACCGAAAGCGGUUCCUUGGCGUCGUGGUAAAAAGGAAAUACCUGAAAAGUUAACUCCUAAAGAAGAAAUCACACUUAAACCCGUUCCAAAACGGGACGAACCAGAACACACGGUGCAGGAGGAAAUUCUUCUAAAACCCGUUCCAGCACAACAAGCGAUUGUCGAGGAGAUACCCGCACCACAUGAGCUACAACCUGUGCGCGACGUUAAAGUCGAAGAAGUAAUUACGAAGAAAACGAGAUAUCUGAAGAAGCAAACUAUCAAACCUAAAUUCCCGGAGCCGGGUGUUGCAGAGGUAGAGGAAUCGGUCACAUUCGAGGAACCAGAGGAACCCGCUCAAGUUGCCGAGACGAUCGUAGAUAUUGUGCCUGAAGAAGUUCUCAAUCUCAUUCCCGAGCUGACACCUCGCGAAACCGCCAAAAAGCGAAAGUCUCGCAACAAGAAACACGUAGUCUUUAAAGAAGAACUCAGCACUUUUGCUAUGGAACCUGAGGAGGAGGUAGAGGAAAAUGACGAAGAGGAAGAGAUGCUGGUUCAGGAAAUUUCACGAUCUAGCAUCACGCUUGCUCGCCCAGUUCCAGAAGCCAAACCGACGGUCAUGCCCGUUCAGGAGACUCAGGUGGAAGAGCACACGGCGGAGUUCCGCAAGGAGAUGGAGGUGCGCAUACAAUCCAACGUCGUGAAGAAGGAAAGGCAACGUCGAGUAUUUAUCGAUGACAGCCAGCCGCUUCCUGAACUGGAAAUCAUUUCCCAGAAACGCGUGCAGGAGGUCACCGAUAAAAUCGCUGAGGAAGACAUCCGCGAGGACCGUAAACUGCUGGAAACGACGCAUCAACGCAUCGCCGAGACGAAGAUCCAAGAGCGCACGGUAACGGUCACAAAACCGAACGUACAGCCGCCAAACAUCAUAGAGAAACUACAGCCGCAGAUAUGUGAGCCCGAGAAGCCAGUACAACUGCGGUGCCGUAUUGAGGGUGUACCAUUCCCAACAGUGCAAUGGUACUUCAACGACACCGUUCUUUUCGCUAAUCCUGAAUAUAUCAUGAACGUUGUGGAGGACGUUGCGACCCUAGAAAUUGCUACCGUACAGCCGUACCAUGUCGGUAUAUACACUUGCGAGGCUAAAAAUGUGGCUGGUGUUGCGAUCAGUAAGGCGAACAUAGUGGUUCAAGCCAAACCCGAGGAGGGUGAAGCACCACACUUCGUGACACCGCUGAAGAUCACGAUGAACGAAGAGAAGACCGUGGCGACGGUGACGUGCCAGGUUGCAGGUGUUCCAACGCCCACUGUACGCUGGAUGCGUGAAGAGGUCGAGAUCAUAGAGGAGGAAGAAGAAGACAUCGAAACGUACUACGAACAACGAACCGGACACGUGCGGCUAACGAUCAAACGUCCGAAACAGAACGUCCCCAUCGUCUACACGGUGCUGGCGGAGAACAAGUUCGGUAAAGCGAUGGGCAAAGCGAACGUGUACAUCCAAUCGGUGGUCAUGGAACGGGUGAAACCACUCGCGGUUGCCCCACAAAUCGUCCAACCACUAGAAGCGCAGGUUGUACGAUCAGGAAGCACGCUCGUAUUCGAGUGCCGGUACACUGGUCUUCCGAAACCCACGGUUACCUGGUCCCGCAACAGCAAGACCAUCGAAGAGGAAGAAGAGGUCAUCAUCACGACCGAAGAGUACUACAGUCGACUGGAAAUCCGCAAGAUGACGCGUCAAAGAGGCGGAAAGUACGAGAUAACCGUCUCCAACGAAGCAGGACAGGCCAAAUCGUCCGCCUCGGUGGCUAUCUCGGAUGCCACCGAUACCGACGAAGCCAAGGCGCCCAAAUUUAUCGAGCCCCUGGUUCCGAAGUUGAUUGCUGAAGCCGAAGUAUGCAUACUGGAGGCGUCGGUCGAAAGUUACCCAACCUCAACCUUCCAGUGGUUCAGGGAGGGUACAGCGAUCCAAUCCACCAACGAGCAGCGCAUAGUCACGAAGGAGAACCGCUCGAUCCUAAUCAUCGAGUCGUUUGCCCACAAGGACACGGGUGCGUACACGUGCCGGGCAGAGAACGUGGUUGGCUCGGUGACUUCCACAGCGACCGUCCAGCUGCUGGACACCAUCGAAACCGAGGAAGUUACCGAAUACAUAUCACCGCGGUUUUUGGAGACAAUCAAACCGACGCGUGUUAUGGAUGGCGAGCGCUUGACGCUCGAGUGCCAGGUCGUGGCGAUGCCGCUGCCCAAGGUGCACUGGUAUCAUAACGCGCAGCUGAUCCAGGAAACGAAGGAUAAGCAAGUGCAGCAGGACUCUACCGGGCGCUGCGUGUUGACGAUCAGCGAGGUCUUCCCGGAGGAUAAGGGUGAGUACUCCUGUGUGGCUGUCAACAAGAUCGGCGAGGCUGUGUGCCGAGCUACGAUCAACGUGGAGCCAUUCGAGUACGUGCCCGACUCGGAGCAGUUCCGCAGCUCAGAAGAAGAUUUGUUGACUGAUAAGUCUAUUUCAACACUCGAAGAGUAUGCGGAACCGUUCGAGUUCGCACCGCAGAUCGUAAAGCAACUCCCCACGACGAUACACUCGCAGGAACGCGAGUUGACCAAACUGGAGGUGAAGGUACACGCUCACCCGAAACCACAAAUUCGAUGGCUCAAAGCGGGCGAGGAGAUUAUCCCAUCGGAGGAGUUCCAGAUCGAGAACUUCGACGACGGUACUUCGAUCCUGAUCAUCAACGACAUUUACCCGGACGAUUCUGGUGAAAUCACGUUUGAAGCACAUAAUGCUCUUGGCGUGGCGAUGACUACGACGGAGCUGGUUGUUGAAGAAAUUGUCGGAACCAAAGCAUACCGUAAACCGGAAUGGGUGCAACAUAUGGAGGAACUAAAGGAGGCUCUGCAAGAGAAACCAGAUCUCAGAGAAGACGCGGAACGCACCAUCAACAACAUUGCGAUUACAGCCACUACAACCACGAACAACAUCACAGUCACGAAGAAAAAACACAAGAAACUUCGAUCCGAAAGGAGGCAACAGUACAAACACGAUGAAGAGACAGAGAUCGUCGACAGCGAGGAGUCGAUUGAAGAUCGCAUUCGUAUAUCACAGCAGCGCCGUAGGCAACCGUUGCAUCCGCUCCGGCCGCUGAUGCCGGCCGAGGAGCAAGUGCAGGAGGAAUUGGCUCCUGAUUUUCUCACCUCUCCCGUACGGGAAACGCAUAGUCUGCCCCUUGAGGUGGCGUCCGUUACCAAUGAGUCGACUAUUUUGAACCAACUGUCGAAUCUGGACGGACCCAUGGAAACUCCACGCACUAGUGCGACGGUAAAGGUCGUGCCGGAAUCGGCCGUGCAGGUCGAGGAGAUCUUUUUGUCUGAGCGCGAGUCGGACACAGCGCUGUUGGACAGCGCUCGGUUGUUGGCCAGUCCGCAAUAUAAGCUUUUUGGUUUAAAUGAGCCCGUUCAGGUUUCCGAGAUAAGCCCGCAAGAGAGUUCGUUAGAGCGUACACCGGCCAAGGCGACGCCAGAGGCCAUAGCGACCGUCGAUAUCGUGCCGGUGCAGCCCUUAGUCGUAAGUGAAUCUACACCCCAAGAUACGGCCGCUGUUCUGGAAAGAUCGGUUGAUCAUUCUAGUAAUGCUACCAUGCAGCUUUUCACACAAGACGCCAUGAUCGUGCAAGAAACCGUUUUCUCGCAGUCAGAGCAGGAACUGGCAGCACAGCAACAUCCUACACCGAGCCACGCGUAUACAAAUGUACUGGCAAAGGAGUCACUGCAAGUGUUGGAAAUAAGCCGCAUCGAAAAGGAAGACGUGUUUGAAGAGACCCUCAAACUGCCCACUGUUCAGCCCCAUUAUCAGAUACUUUCCUCCGAAUCUAUACAAACUGAGGAAACAAUCAGCCAGGACGCACCAAGUCGCUACUAUCCAGAGCUCGUGGUGCCAACGGAAAGUGCCCGACCGGCGAUCGUUGAGCAGAAAUCCUACGUGACCGAGGUUAUGCAUGCACCAGAGAAAGAGGACACAUACAUACCCGGACGUUUACCGCCGCAACAGCGCGCCGAUAUACAGCUCUCCACGAAGGAGCCAUUAUCUGUAACCGCACAGCAGGUGGAGGAGUCCGAGGUUGAAUUUUCAACUGCCGUGGCAGCGCCAUCGUACCACGCUACGGACACGCUUACGACGAUUGACAAUCAACUGACAACGCAGCUUGUAAACGACAGCAUCACGACGGAAGACUUCCAGGCCCAAAGCCCAGAGUCCAAGCGUGCUACUGUCGAGAUCAUGGAGCGCACGUGCGUGUCAGUAUCCAAUGUGCUAAGCAACGAGGCAGAAGCCUCGCUUGCACCAUUUGUAAAUGCCGAUUCGGCCAUGGCACAAAGCACACUUACCGCGUUCAACGUGGUAAGCGAAUCAACGGAAGCGUUCGUGCAUGAGAAAGAAACGCUUCAUCAAGGAGUACCGCAACCGAACGUAGCCGUAGCGGCAGCAUUGCUGGAGCCUAUCGAGAAUCUUGCCAUUACUGAGAUCGAGACGGCUGACAGCACGGCCCGAUUUUCACCUGAAAUUGUCAGCCGCCCGGAACAGGCAUCUGCAUGCUUUGUUCCUGUUCAAUCGCACUCUGUUACGACAGUCGAUACAAACGAGAAGGAGACCGAUCUACUCUCCAAAUUGCCGCUGCUUGAGGCAUUUGCCGAGGAACAAAUAAACCUCCAGCAAGAAUUGCAGGUGAUGCAGCACGAGACAAAUGAGCGAGAGUUUGCGUUGAAGCCAGUAACGGCGCCACAGGAUCAAGUAUUGAAACCCACUCAAACUGACAGUUUAAAGUUGGUGCUUGUGCAGGAAACGUUAACUAAUGUUUCUGCAGGUGAACUUCCACAGGUCAUCCCAACGUCUCGGUUGGCACGACUGGUGCGCACAGAUGAGCAUGAAGAGAAAAUCAUAUCCGAAACCACAAUCUAUGAAACGCUCCGCUCGUACGAGGAAAUGCAGCGGCCGGAAGAAAAAACGGCCGAGCUUCAGCUACCGAGCUUGGCAAGUGAACUUCUUGUAACGGAGGUGAUCAGCAGUCAAACAACGGAUGAACGAAACGAGGAGCACAAUAUUGCGGGGAAUCAAACACUCAAACCAAUUCCGACCCACUCGCUCAAGACGGUGUUAGUGGAAGAAGUAAUGACCAGUGAGGGAUUGGAGCAGUUAAGUGCUCAGCAAUCAACGCUCCUUUCUCAGGCGAAUGUUAGAGGAGACCAGCUGGAAGAAACUAUCGUGUCAGAAUCGAUGGUACUUGAAAACACGUUACAAUAUACGACACCGGAAGCGCCAGUCCCCAAGUCCGCGUUCACUAACGUCGAACGACCCGCCGAAGGAUUAACCAUCGUUGAAGUAGUAUGCGAACAAAAAGAGCAAGAGGAAGCUGUAGAACUCGCUAAUGAUCAAACGGCGAAAGCGGUUCCAACAGAAGCGCUAAAAUCCGUGCUUAUUGAAGAAGUGCAACUAUCAAGUCACACCGAUACACUUCAACAUUCUGAGGCUCACCAUUCUGAAGUAACCGUGAAGCUUGGAGAAACGUUGGAGCAAACAACAGUUCAGGAAAUGUUGAUCCUAGAGGACGUAAACAGACUGUUAGAGGAUGCUAAGCCAGAGAGCAAACAAGCUGAAACAAUUCUUCAACCUUGCGCGGAACUUACCGUCACAGAGGUGAUCGCUGAUGAUCGAGAACGAGAGGGCUUUAACGUAACAGAGAUUUCGAAAGAUUAUUCCGCCCGCCCAGUACCAUCACAUAUGCUUAAGUCCGUGCUAAUAGAAUCAACUGAAGUCAUCGAUUCAACAGCCAGCAUCCCUGCUCCCGUUGUUCAAGAGUCACUUGCCACUUUACAACGUGACAAGCUGGAAGAGAAAAUCGUCAGCGAACAGGUUGUUCUGGAAGCAUUCGAUCAGUACGAACAAGAAAAUGUUGCUAUGCGCCAAGCAGCGUUAGCACUCGAACCGCAGAAUGAAUUGAUGGUAACAGAGGUGUCGGUCGAACAAAAAGAACAAGAACAUGUCACAAGUUUGAUAGCAAAAGAUGUACGAGCCCAAGCGAUACCAUCGCAUAUGCUAAAAACGGUCACUACAGAACAAGUACAGACAUCGGAAAGCCUUGACAGAAUCUCACAAGAUACCCCAGUGGAAAUGUUGGCUAGUGUACGAAGUGAUCAGCUCGAACAAAUGACAGUUUCGGAAACGUUUGCAUACGAGGGAACUGAUAUCAUUGGCGAAGAGAUCAAACCAACUGAGAAAGUUGCCGACUUGACAGUAAUACCAAUCACUGAGCUCUUAGUCAGUGAAACGGUUGCAGAGCAGAAGGAAAGAGAAGGUUUCAACGUGGCGGAGAUUGCCCAAGAUUAUGUAGCCAUGCAGGUCCCAGGACAUUCGUUCAAAUCCGCCCAAGUAGAGGAAACGAUCACAAGUGAAGAUGUUUCACAGAUAACCCACACGGAGAGUAUCGUAAAAACAGCAACAACCCAGAGUGACGAGCUGGAACAAAUGACCGUUGCAGAAACAUUCGCAUUCGAAGAAACACCUACACUGGAAGCUGCUACAAAUCCAGUGGAAAAAACGGCAGAGUCCAACUACGAACCACAGAUUGGUGUAAUUGUAACUGAGGUUCACACCGGUCAGAAGGAACGUGACGGUUACAGUGUGGCAGAGCUUGCUCAGGAUCAUACAGCGUUGCCCGUGGCAGGGCAUGCCUUGAAAUUGGUGCUGGUGGAAGAAGUCACCGUAUCAGAUACAACAGAUCAUUUGACGCUCCCUCAACAACUACAAAGUUCAGCUGCACUGCGGAAUGAACAGUACGAACAAACUACUGUCCAAGAAACCACGGUUUACGAAGGAUCGGAGCAAUUGAUGAUCGAUGAAAUGCCGGCGGUAAAAUCAAUCGAGCAAUCUUUCAUACCCAACGCUGAACUGAUCGUAACGGAAAUUGUUAGUGAGCAAAAGGAACGCGAGGGAUAUAAUAUAGCAGAACUUGCGCGAGAUCACACUGCAACGCCAACAGUAGCUUCACAUGCUUUAAAGUCAGUUACAAUCGAGGAGACACUAAUUGGAGAAAGCGUUGAGAAAAUUCUAGAUCAGCAAACUGCAGAAAUGACUUCGGCCAAGUGUCAAGAUGAUCGACAGGAGGAGACUAUUGUGCGAGAGGCUGUGGUGCUGGAGAGCACUGACAACUACAGUUUUGAGCAAGCACCAUCGGAAAAGCAUGCCCUACCAAGCGUAACACCUAUGACUGAACUUGUAGUCACGGAGGUUAUGGUGGAACAAAAAGAAAAGGACGGCUACUCGGUACAAGAUAUAGCGCAACAACACGUUGUAAAUUUGCUGCCUUCACACACGCUGAAAUCUGUUGUAGUUGAAGAGAUACAGGUUUCGGACGGAGUCGGAGACGUGUCAGAGCUGCCCUCUACUACGUUGACAGCCAGCGUGCGCGAAGAUCAAUGUGAUUCCCAAACAGUUACGGAACAACUUGUCCUUGAAAGUUUGAGGCGAUUGGAUGAGGACCAGAGACCCGAACAUAAGUCUGCUACCUCAAACAUUGAAGCUAUUUCUGAGCUGCAAAUUACAGAGGUCGUCACAGAGCAAAAGGAACAGGAGGGCUACGAUGUGCAACAAAUUGCAAGUAAUUAUAAUGCCAAAGAAGUACCAUCCCAUACGCUUCGAUCAGUGGUCAUUGAAGAAACUCAAGCGAUCGAUAACGUGGAGCAAUUGAGCGAAACAUCUCACACCACCCAUGCUAAGCGAAUUACCAACGAAAUAGAAGAACGCGUCAUUGCAGAAGUAGUUGUACUUGAAAAUGUGGACACUCUCGAGCAGCAGGUACAACCAGAAGCAAAACAUGCCGAUCAAAUUUUGCAAAACCAAACCGAGCUCCACAUCACCGAAGUGGUCGCCGAGCAGAAAGAGAGAGAAGGAUAUAAUAUAUCUGAUCUGACUGUCACACAAUUGGCCAAAACUGUACCUAGUGAACCACACAAAUCGAUCACCGUGGAAGAGGUUAUCCUAUCUAGUGCAACCGUAAACAUUGAAACACAAGAAACGACAUCUAGCACUUUAGCUGCGGUACGCAAAGACGAGCAUUUAGAAACCACAAUCUCCGAACAAGUGGUAUUCGAAGCGAUCGAUCAAUUCGAUAAACAGGCUAUUCCCGAAGAAAAAACGGCUUCCCAAUCGAUGCAGCCUCGAGAGGAGUUGGUAGUAACGGAAAUCGUUUGCGAGCAGAAAGAAUCGGAAGGAUUCGACGUACAUGAAAUAGCCAGUAACUAUUCGGCACAUCUUGUUCCAUCGCAUAUUCUGAAACCCAUAGCAGUGGAACAGACUGAAGUAAACGAGAUGUACGGUGAGAUGAAAGAAGACAUGAGUACGCUCAAUAAAAGUCAUGCUCAGGUGAACGAAUCGGAACAUGAGCAAAAAACUAUCCAAGAAACUAUGGUGUACGAGAAUCUGUUAGACAAACCGAUGGAUCAAACACCUGAACAAAAGCUGGCUAAUAUUGAUAUACACCCAGUACAGGAGCUUGUUGUGAUGGAAGUAAUCGCUGAUGAUAAAGAACGAGAAGGAUUUGACGUUCAUGAAAUAGCAAAGGAUUACACAGCUUAUCCAACAACAUCCGGGCUGCUAAAAUCUCUUGAAAUUCAUGAGGUACAAUCUUCCCAUGCUCUUGGAAAACUUAGUGACUCGAUUCCUACCGCAACAGCUUCUGCACGAACCGACAACUUAGAAGAAACAAUCAAGAUGGAAACUACGUUACUCGAAAGUAUUACAAUUCUUGAACACGACGAUCAUCCUAUAAAGAAAACUGCAACACCGGGAGUUUUGCCAAACAUUGAGCUGUCGAUAACAGAGGUCGUGGCUGAACAGCGUGAGAAAGAAGGCUACGAUGUGGGAGACAUUGCCAAAAAUUUCCAUGCCCAACCUCUAUCAGGACGAGAACCGGUUAGAUCGAUUGUGGUGGAAGAAGUUCAAAUAAGUCAGGAAGCACCAGAGCUGUCUGCGACGCAUAAUCGAGCGCAUGAGGCUUCUAGGGUUGAGGAUCAGCACGAACAAAUGACCGUUAUUGAAACAUUCACUUAUGAAAACAUAGACCAGCAACAAACUCGAAUCGUUCCAGAGGAACAUCAGGCGUCGGCAAACUUAGACGCACUAUCAGGAGUGACCAUAACUGAAGUAAUCACACAUCAAAAAGCUGAAGAAGGCAUCAACAUAUCCGAAGUAGACAGUCAGAAGGCUAAACUUAUACCAACCGAUGCCUUACGAUCGAUUACAGUACAACAAACGGAUGCACUCCACAGUGUGGCUAAUGUUCAACAAGAUCAAAUCGAACAUACGAAGGCAUGUAUAAAAAGCGAUACCGUCGACGAAACUACCGUCACAGACACUAUAAUUUUCGAAAACGUAUCAGAAAACAAACAGCAACCCGAGGUUCAUCAUCAAAUAGCAAGACCGUCAGGAAACAACGAGGAACAAAAGUCCCUCAUUGUGGAACAAAUUUUAACUUUACAAAAACCUGUCUCGUUUGAAUCUGGUGUUUCAACAUCCACGGCAACUAGUUCCACUCCGGAACAACUUUUACAGACUACUGUAGAACAAAUAACAGUCUACGAAGGAGCAGAGCAUCUUUUGAGCACACUCACCAUGGAAGGAAAAUAUCCAACUUAUGACAUGCAAGGGCUUGAGCUCCCGGUUCAGACAACAAUCAAUGUGUCAGAUACAUUAUCUGAAAUUACUCUUGAAACAGCGACUUGCGCUGAUGCCAAAUCAAGCCUUAUCGAACUACUCUCUGCGGCAUCCACCACGGAAACAGUGUGUCAGGACUCAUAUGUUAAACUAGCUCAGGCAACAAAGACUACUCCUCAACAAGCUCAACCGACGGUUUCAAAUUUGUUCAUACCAACAACAACCGAAACUGUGCCAAGUGAGGGAUUAGAUAGGAGCGAUUUUAGUGUAAAGUCAGAAAGUCAAACAGCGUCCGUCAAAUUUUCUGAUAUGACAGUAGUGCCCCUUCAAUCCGAGCUACUGGCAGCUGACUCAGCACAGCCACUCCAGGAGAACAUACAACCACGUAAGUUUGCUUCCACAACGUUGGAAGAAGGUUUAAGGGCUCCUGAAUGUUUAGAGAUAGCUAGUAACGAACAAAGCGACGUUGCCGAAAACUUUGUAACGUCAGAGAAACGAGCGUCAGUUACAAUAAUCACUAACCAAACGGUCAAUGUCUCCGAAACCACUCUCGAAGAGAAUACAGAUCGUAUAGAAUUUGCUCAAGAACCAAAACAGCGGUUCGCAAGUUUAACAGAAUCUGCAUUGCUCACCUACGAUGAGUUUGGUCCUGUAAUGGCAAAGGAUCACACUGGAAACACAACACAAUAUACAACAUUACAAAGCAAGCAGAACACAAACAUUACCACACCACAUAAGGAAAUCAUUUCACUAACAGAAGAUACAAAUAAAGUAUCAAUCAAAUCAACAAUACAUCAAACUGAAAACACUCAGCACAGUGCAAAUAUAAAAGACCAUACGGAUGUGAUUGAAGAAGUCAAGUCAGAAACUGGCGAAGUCAAAAGAAAGGUUGUUAAGAAAACGAUCGUCAAAAAGCGCGUUGGACCCAAAGAAGAAAUCACCGAAGAAGUCACCGUGCAAGAAGAUGACAAACAACCAGAAACAACUGUCACGAUCAGCGAGCAAGAGGUUCCUUACGAGCUUACACAGCCUUUCGAAGAGGACCUCAAGCCUCUGCAAGCUGUUGUGGACGAUUAUCCUGAGCCGAUGGAGGCCACUGUGAAAACAAAAUCCACAAAAGUUAUCAAGAAAAAGGUCAAGAAGCUACAACCAGCAGAGCCUUCUGUUGAAGAUCUUCCUCUAGAAGAAGUUUCAGAUCUCAUCCUGGAACAAACUGUCACAGAACAACCAGUUAUCGAAGUGCUUCCGGAACAUGUUGAGGUAUUGGAAUCCAUCACUCAAGAAGGAAAACCUAGGAAACAUGUCACCAAAACAAAGGUCAUCAAGAAGAAAACGGGACGCAAGGUGGAAGAAGUCACAGUUGUAACCGUUCAAGAGGACGAUCAGCUUCCAGAAACGACGGUUACCAUGACCGAAGAACAAAUCGUUCCGGAAACUGCUGUGACUGAUACCAUUCACGAGGUCGAGCUCCUCAAACCUAAGAAGAAGAAAGUCAAAACCAUCAAGAAGAAAGGUACCGAUACUAGCGAAAUUAUUCAGAAGCUCCUCAACAUGGAACUCUCAAACACUGAACUACAACCGUUUGAACAUGUGGAUGCGGAUGUGCCUAUCCUUCAAAUUUCACCACAAUCUGCCGUUGAAGCUCUCGAAAUUGAAGAGCUGCCUGAAGAGGUCAAAGUAACGCAAAUCGUUACAAAAACUGGUGCAUCCAAGAAACAGAUCACCAAAAAGAAAACUAUCAAGAAACGAGUCGGACAAAAAGAGGAACACAUCGAAGUAGUCACUGUUCAGCAAGACGAUUCGACUCCUGAAACAACUAUCACUGUUAUCGAAGAAGAUGCUCCCACUUCUAUGCCUACUGACGAUGCUCCCAAGCCUAAGAAAAAGAAGAUCAAAACUAUCAAGACUAGUGAUGACUCGGACGAUAUCAUUGAGCGACUUCUCAAUCUAGAGGUUCACAAAACUGUUCUGGAAGAGUACGAGAAAACAGACCUGGAUUUACCAAAGCGCAUGCGUCCCACAGAGGAAACAACCAUUGAAGAGCAUCCGGAUGUGGUUGAAGAAGUCAAGUCAGAAACUGGCGAAGUCAAAAGAAAGGUUGUUAAGAAAAAGAUCAUCAAAAAGCGCGUUGGACCCAAAGAAGAAAUCACCGAAGAAGUCACCGUGCAAGAAGAUGACAAGCAACCAGAAACAACUGUCACGAUCAGCGAGCAAGAGGUUCCUUAUGAGCAUACACUGCCUUUCGAAGAGGACCUCAAGCCUCUGCAAGCUGUUGUGGACGAUUAUCCUGAGCCGAUGGAGGCCACUGUGAAAACAAAAUCCACAAAAGUUAUCAAGAAAAAGGUCAAGAAGCUUCAACCUGCAGAGCCUUCUGUUGAAGAUCUUCCUCUAGAAGAAGUUUCAGAUCUCAUCCUGGAACAAACUGUCACAGAACAACCAGUUAUCGAAGUGCUUCCGGAACAUGUUGAAGUAUUGGAAUCCAUCACUCAAGAAGGAAAGCCUAGGAAACAUGUCACCAAAACAAAGGUCAUCAAGAAGAAAACGGGACGCAAGGUGGAAGAAGUCACAGUUGUAACCGUUCAAGAGGACGAUCAGCUUCCAGAAACGACGGUUACCAUGACCGAAGAACAAAUCGUUCCGGAAAUUGCUGUGACUGAUACCAUUCACGAGGUCGAGCUCCUCAAACCUAAGAAGAAGAAAGUCAAAACCAUCAAGAAGAAAGGAACCGAUACUAGCGAAAUUAUUCAGAAGCUCCUCAACAUGGAACUCUCAAACACUGAACUACAACCGUUUGAACAUGUGGAUGCGGAUGUGCCUAUCCUUCAAAUUUCACCACAAUCUGCCGUUGAAGCUCUCGAAAUUGAAGAGCUGCCUGAAGAGGUCAAAGUAACGCAAAUCGUUACAAAAACUGGUGCAUCCAAGAAACAGAUCACCAAAAAGAAAACUAUCAAGAAACGAGUCGGACAAAAAGAGGAACACAUCGAAGUAGUCACUGUUCAGCAAGACGAUUCGACUCCUGAAACAACUAUCACUGUUAUCGAAGAAGAUGCUCCCACUUCUAUGCCUACUGACGAUGCUCCCAAGCCUAAGAAAAAGAAGAUCAAAACUAUCAAGACUAGUGAUGACUCGGACGAUAUCAUUGAGCGACUUCUCAAUCUAGAGGUUCACAAAACUGUUCUGGAAGAGUACGAGAAAAUAGACCUGGAUUUACCAAAGCGCAUGCGUCCCACAGAGGAAACAACCAUUGAAGAGCAUCCGCAUGUGGUUGAAGAAGUCAAGUCAGAAACUGGCGAAGUCAAAAGAAAGGUUGUUAAGAAAAAGAUCAUCAAAAAGCGCGUUGGACCCAAAGAAGAAAUCACCGAAGAAGUCACCGUGCAAGAAGAUGACAAGCAACCAGAAACAACUGUCACGAUCAGCGAGCACGAGGUUCCUUACGAGCUUACAGAGCCUUUCGAAGAGGACCUCAAGCCUCUGCAAGCUGUUGUGGACGAUUAUCCUGAGCCGAUGGAGGCCACUGUGAAAACAAAAUCCACAAAAGUUAUCAAGAAAAAGGUCAAGAAACUUCAACCUGCAGAGCCUUCUGUUGAAGAUCUUCCUCUAGAAGAAGUUUCAGAUCUCAUCCUGGAACAAACUGUCACAGAACAACCAGUUAUCGAAGUGCUUCCGGAACAUGUUGAGGUAUUGGAAUCCAUCACUCAAGAAGGAAAACCUAAGAAACAUGUCACCAAAACAAAGGUCAUCAAGAAGAAAACGGGACGCAAGGUGGAAGAAGUCACAGUUGUAACCGUUCAAGAGGACGAUCAGCUUCCAGAAACGACGGUUACCAUGACCGAAGAACAAAUCGUUCCGGAAACUGCUGUGACUGAUACCAUUCACGAGAUCGAGCUCCUCAAACCUAAGAAGAAGAAAGUCAAAACCAUCAAGAAGAAAGGAACCGAUACUAGCGAAAUUAUUCAGAAGCUCCUCAACAUGGAACUCUCAAACACUGAACUACAACCGUUUGAACAUGUGGAUGCGGAUGUGCCUAUCCUUCAAAUUUCACCACAAUCUGCCGUUGAAGCUCUCGAAAUUGAAGAGCUGCCUGAAGAGGUCAAAGUAACGCAAAUCGUUACAAAAACUGGUGCAUCCAAGAAACAGAUCACCAAAAAGAAAACUAUCAAGAAACGAGUCGGACAAAAAGAGGAACACAUCGAAGUAGUCACUGUUCAGCAAGACGAUUCGACUCCUGAAACAACUAUCACUGUUAUCGAAGAAGAUACUCCCACUUCUAUGCCUACUGACGAAGCUCCCAAGCCUAAGAAAAAGAAGAUCAAAACUAUCAAGACUAGUGAUGACUCGGACGAUAUCAUUGAGCGACUUCUCAAUCUAGAGGUUCACAAAACUGUUCUGGAAGAGUACGAGAAAAUAGACCUGGAUUUACCAAAGCGCAUGCGUCCCACAGAGGAAACAAUCAUUGAAGAGCAUCCGGAUGUGGUUGAAGAAGUCAAGUCAGAAACUGGUGAAGUCAAAAGAAAGGUUGUUAAGAAAAAGAUCAUCAAAAAGCGCGUUGGAUCCAAAGAAGAAAUCACCGAAGAAGUCACCGUGCAAGAAGAUGACAAACAACCAGAAACAACUGUCACGAUCAGCGAGCACGAGGUUCCUUACGAGCUUACAAAGCCUUUCGAAGAGGACCUCAAGCCUCUGCAAGCUAUUGUGGAUGAUUAUCCUGAGCCGAUGGAGGCCACUGUGAAAACAAAAUCCACAAAAGUUAUCAAGAAAAAGGUCAAGAAGCUUCAACCAGCAGAGCCUUCUGUUGAAGAUCUUCCUCUAGAAGAAGUUUCAGAUCUCAUCCUGGAACAAACUGUCACAGAACAACCAGUUAUCGAAGUGCUUCCGGAACAUGUUGAAGUAUUGGAAUCCAUCACUCAAGAAGGAAAACCUAGGAAACAUGUCACCAAAACCAAGAUCAUCAAGAAGAAAACGGGACGCAAGGUGGAAGAAGUCACAGUUGUAACCGUUCAAGAGGACGAUCAGCUUCCAGAAACGACGGUUACCAUGACCGAAGAACAAAUCGUUCCGGAAACUGCUGUGACUGAUACCAUUCAUGAGGUCGAGCUCCUCAAACCUAAGAAGAAGAAAGUCAAAACCAUCAAGAAGAAAGGAACCGAUACUAGCAAAAUUAUUCAGAAGCUCCUCAACAUGGAACUCUCAAACACUGAACUACAACCGUUUGAACAUGUGGAUGCGGAUGUGCCUAUCCUUCAAAUUUCACCACAAUCUGCCGUUGAAGCUCUCGAAAUUGAAGAGCUGCCUGAAGAGGUCAAAGUAACGCAAAUCGUUACAAAAACUGGUGCAUCCAAGAAACAGAUCACCAAAAAGAAAACUAUCAAGAAACGAGUCGGACAAAAAGAGGAACACAUCGAAGUAGUCACUGUUCAGCAAGACGAUUCGACUCCUGAAACAACUAUCACUGUUAUCGAAGAAGAUGCUCCCACUUCUAUGCCUACUGACGAUGCUCCCAAGCCUAAGAAAAAGAAGAUCAAAACUAUCAAGACUAGUGAUGACUCGGACGAUAUCAUUGAGCGACUUCUCAAUCUAGAGGUUCACAAAACUGUUCUGGAAGAGUACGAGAAAAUAGACCUGGAUUUACCAAAGCGCAUGCGUCCCACAGAGGAAACAACCAUUGAAGAGCAUCCGGAUGUGGUUGAAGAAGUCAAGUCAGAAACUGGCGAAGUCAAAAGAAAGGUUGUUAAGAAAAAGAUCAUCAAAAAGCGCGUUGGACCCAAAGAAGAAAUCACCGAAGAAGUCACCGUGCAAGAAGAUGACAAGCAACCAGAAACAUCUGUCACGAUCAGCGAGCAAGAGGUUCCUUAUGAGCAUACAGAGCCUUUCGAAGAGGACCUCAAGCCUCUGCAAGCUGUUGUGGACGAUUAUCCUGAGCCGAUGGAGGCCACUGUGAAAACAAAAUCCACAAAAGUUAUCAAGAAAAAGGUCAAGAAGCUUCAACCAGCAGAGCCUUCUGUUGAAGAUCUUCCUCUAGAAGAAGUUUCAGAUCUCAUCCUGGAACAAACUGUCACAGAACAACCAGUUAUCGAAGUGCUUCCGGAACAUGUUGAGGUAUUGGAAUCCAUCACUCAAGAAGGAAAACCUAAGAAACAUGUCACCAAAACAAAGGUCAUCAAGAAGAAAACGGGACGCAAGGUGGAAGAAGUCACAGUUGUAACCGUUCAAGAGGACGAUCAGCUUCCAGAAACGACGGUUACCAUGACCGAAGAACAAAUCGUUCCGGAAACUGCUGUGACUGAUACCAUUCACGAGGUCGAGCUCCUCAAACCUAAGAAGAAGAAAGUCAAAACCAUCAAGAAGAAAGGAACCGAUACUAGCGAAAUUAUUCAGAAGCUCCUCAACAUGGAACUCUCAAACACUGAACUACAACCGUUUGAACAUGUGGAUGCGGAUGUGCCUAUCCUUCAAAUUUCACCACAAUCUGCCGUUGAAGCUCUCGAAAUUGAAGAGCUGCCUGAAGAGGUCAAAGUAACGCAAAUCGUUACAAAAACUGGUGCAUCCAAGAAACAGAUUACCAAAAAGAAAACUAUCAAGAAACGAGUCGGACAAAAAGAAGAACACAUCGAAGUAGUCACUGUUCAGCAAGACGAUUCGACUCCUGAAACAACUAUCACUGUUAUCGAAGAAGAUGCUCCCACUUCUAUGCCUACUGACGAUGCUCCCAAGCCUAAGAAAAAGAAGAUCAAAACUAUCAAGACUAGUGAUGACUCGGACGAUAUCAUUGAGCGACUUCUCAAUCUAGAGGUUCACAAAACUGUUCUGGAAGAGUACGAGAAAACAGACCUGGACCUACCAAAGCGCAUGCGUCCCACAGAGGAAACAACCAUUGAAGAGCAUCCAGAUGUGGUUGAAGAAGUCAAGUCAGAAACUGGCGAAGUCAAAAGAAAGGUUGUUAAGAAAAAGAUCAUCAAAAAGCGCGUUGGACCCAAAGAAGAAAUCACCGAAGAAGUCACCGUGCAAGAAGAUGACAAGCAACCAGAAACAACUGUCACGAUCAGCGAGCAAGAGGUUCCUUAUGAGCAUACACUGCCUUUCGAAGAGGACCUCAAGCCUCUGCAAGCUGUUGUGGACGAUUAUCCUGAGCCGAUGGAGGCCACUGUGAAAACAAAAUCCACAAAAGUUAUCAAGAAAAAGGUCAAGAAGCUUCAACCAGCAGAGCCUUCUGUUGAAGAUCUUCCUCUAGAAGAAGUUUCAGAUCUCAUCCUGGAACAAACUGUCACAGAACAACCAGUUAUCGAAGUGCUUCCGGAACAUGUUGAGGUAUUGGAAUCCAUCACUCAAGAAGGAAAACCUAAGAAACAUGUCACCAAAACAAAGGUCAUCAAGAAGAAAACGGGACGCAAGGUGGAAGAAGUCACAGUUGUAACCGUUCAAGAGGACGAUCAGCUUCCAGAAACGACGGUUACCAUGACCGAAGAACAAAUCGUUCCGGAAACUGCUGUGACUGAUACCAUUCACGAGGUCGAGCUCCUCAAACCUAAGAAGAAGAAAGUCAAAACCAUCAAGAAGAAAGGUACCGAUACUAGCGAAAUUAUUCAGAAGCUCCUCAACAUGGAACUCUCAAACACUGAACUACAACCGUUUGAACAUGUGGAUGCGGAUGUGCCUAUCCUUCAAAUUUCACCACAAUCUGCCGUUGAAGCUCUCGAAAUUGAAGAGCUGCCUGAAGAGGUCAAAGUAACGCAAAUCGUUACAAAAACUGGUGCAUCCAAGAAACAGAUCACCAAAAAGAAAACUAUCAAGAAACGAGUCGGACAAAAAGAGGAACACAUCGAAGUAGUCACUGUUCAGCAAGACGAUUCGACUCCUGAAACAACUAUCACUGUUAUCGAAGAAGAUGCUCCCACUUCUAUGCCUACUGACGAUGCUCCCAAGCCUAAGAAAAAGAAGAUCAAAACUAUCAAGACUAGUGAUGACUCGGACGAUAUCAUUGAGCGACUUCUCAAUCUAGAGGUUCACAAAACUGUUCUGGAAGAGUACGAGAAAACAGACCUGGACCUACCAAAGCGCAUGCGUCCCACAGAGGAAACAACCAUUGAAGAGCAUCCAGAUGUGGUUGAAGAAGUCAAGUCAGAAACUGGCGAAGUCAAAAGAAAGGUUGUUAAGAAAAAGAUCAUCAAAAAGCGCGUUGGACCCAAAGAAGAAAUCACCGAAGAAGUCACCGUGCAAGAAGAUGACAAACAACCAGAAACAACUGUCACGAUCAGCGAGCACGAGGUUCCUUACGAGCUUACAGAGCCUUUCGAAGAGGACCUCAAGCCUCUGCAAGCUAUUGUGGUCGAUUAUCCUGAGCCGAUGGAGGCCACUGUGAAAACAAAAUCCACAAAAGUUAUCAAGAAAAAGGUCAAGAAGCUUCAACCUGCAGAGCCUUCUGUUGAAGAUCUUCCUCUAGAAGAAGUUUCAGAUCUCAUCCUGGAACAAACUGUCACAGAACAACCAGUUAUCGAAGUGCUUCCGGAACAUGUUGAGGUAUUAGAAUCCAUCACUCAAGAAGGAAAACCUAGGAAACAUGUCACCAAAACCAAGAUCAUCAAGAAGAAAACGGGACGCAAGGUGGAAGAAGUCACAGUUGUAACCGUUCAAGAGGACGAUCAGCUUCCAGAAACAACAGUCACCAUUACCGAAGAACAGAUCACUCCAGACACUGUUGAGGUUGAUUCGAUCAGUCCACUCAAGCUUGUUAAACCCAAGAAAAAGAAAGUUAAAAUAAUAAAAAGAACAGGCGAAAACGCAGAAGACAUUAUUCAGAAUCUAAUUGAUUCAGAUAUAUUGGAAACUGCAAGUGAACAGGGUGAUCAACCAUUGUCCGCUGAGGUUUUCGAUAUUUUGCCCGCUGCAAGUGACACUCCUCAAAAGUUAACACCAAAACAAAAAGGCGCACUCAAGACGAAAACACACACAACCACAUCAACUGACACACAAGAUACACUCCCACAGUCAUUUAUUGUUCCACAUUUAAUGGAUGCUGAAUUGCACGAACACACAUCCCCCGAAUACAUUACUACAUUUGAAACACGAACAGACAACAACCAGACAUUCAUCAAGUCCCGAAACAUAAAAAUAGUUAAGGAACAUGGGGCAGUGAUUGAAGAAUCAAUUGAUGAUAAUGAUGUUCAAACUAUCACUCCUAUCCUUCCAUCAGAGGUUCUUAUACAGGAAAUUGAAGAAACUGCACCAUCACUUAACAUCACACAACUCGAAGAAACACCCCAGAUCGUACAGGAAGUCGUCACAAAACAUAAACCCAAGAAGAAACAAACACAAACACAUGUAUAUGAACAGGUCGAAAAUCUUACGACUGAGACAGAUGAACAAUUUUACCCGGAACAAACAGAAUCUGCCAUUGCUACUCCUACAAUACUUUCCAAGCGAGUUAAAACUAAAAAGAUUAACGUGAAUGUUCUGCAAGGGGUCGAUAAAACUGUAGUUGUACAUGAGGAAAACGAAAGCCCACUAGAAACUCUUACGAUUCCAGCCUUUGAAGAGGCUGUUUCAGUCAUGGAGCUCCCUGAACAAAUCUCAGUUCAAGAAAUUAUAACAGCAUCAGGGGCAACAAAACAGAAAAUCACCAAAAAGAAAACUAUCAAGAAACGAGUCGGACAAAAAGAGGAACACAUCGAAGUAGUCACUGUUCAGCAAGACGAUUCGACUCCUGAAACAACUAUCACUGUUAUCGAAGAAGAUGCUCCCAUUUCUAUGCCUACUGACGAUGCUCCCAAGCCUAAGAAAAAGAAGAUCAAAACUAUCAAGACUAGUGAUGACUCGGACGAUAUCAUUGAGCGACUUCUCAAUCUAGAGGUUCACAAAACUGUUCUGGAAGAGUACGAGAAAAUAGACCUGGAUUUACCAAAGCGCAUGCGUCCCACAGAGGAAACAACCAUUGAAGAGCAUCCGGAUGUGGUUGAAGAAGUCAAGUCAGAAACUGGCGAAGUCAAAAGAAAGGUUGUUAAGAAAAAGAUCAUCAAAAAGCGCGUUGGACCCAAAGAAGAAAUCACCGAAGAAGUCACCGUGCAAGAAGAUGACAAGCAACCAGAAACAACUGUCACGAUCAGCGAGCACGAGGUUCCUUACGAGCUUACAAAGCCUUUUGAAGAGGACCUCAAGCCUCUGCAAGCUAUUGUGGACGAUUAUCCUGAGCCGAUGGAGGCCACUGUGAAAACAAAAUCCACAAAAGUUAUCAAGAAAAAGGUCAAGAAGCUUCAACCAGCAGAGCCUUCUGUUGAAGAUCUUCCUCUAGAAGAAGUUUCAGAUCUCAUCCUGGAACAAACUGUCACAGAACAACCAGUUAUCGAAGUGCUUCCGGAACAUGUUGAGGUAUUGGAAUCCAUCACUCAAGAAGGAAAACCUAAGAAACAUGUCACCAAAACCAAGAUCAUCAAGAAGAAAACGGGACGCAAGGUGGAAGAAGUCACAGUUGUAACCGUUCAAGAGGACGAUCAGCUUCCAGAAACGACGGUUACCAUGACCGAAGAACAAAUCGUUCCGGAAACUGCUGUGACUGAUACCAUUCACGAGGUCGAGCUCCUCAAACCUAAGAAGAAGAAAGUCAAAACCAUCAAGAAGAAAGGAACCGAUACUAGCGAAAUUAUUCAGAAGCUCCUCAACAUGGAACUCUCAAACACUGAACUACAACCGUUUGAACAUGUGGAUGCGGAUGUGCCUAUCCUUCAAAUUUCACCACAAUCUGCCGUUGAAGCUCUCGAAAUUGAAGAGCUGCCUGAAGAGGUCAAAGUAACGCAAAUCGUUACAAAAACUGGUGCAUCCAAGAAACAGAUCACCAAAAAGAAAACUAUCAAGAAACGAGUCGGACAAAAAGAGGAACACAUCGAAGUAGUCACUGUUCAGCAAGACGAUUCGACUCCUGAAACAACUAUCACUGUUAUCGAAGAAGAUGCUCCCAAUUCUAUGCCUACUGACGAUGCUCCCAAGCCUAAGAAAAAGAAGAUCAAAACUAUCAAGACUAGUGAUGACUCGGACGAUAUCAUUGAGCGACUUCUCAAUCUAGAGGUUCACAAAACUGUUCUGGAAGAGUACGAGAAAACAGACCUGGAUUUACCAAAGCGCAUGCGUCCCACAGAGGAAACAACCAUUGAAGAGCAUCCGGAUGUGGUUGAAGAAGUCAAGUCAGAAACUGGCGAAGUCAAAAGAAAGGUUGUUAAGAAAAAGAUCAUCAAAAAGCGCGUUGGACCCAAAGAAGAAAUCACCGAAGAAGUCACCGUGCAAGAAGAUGACAAGCAACCAGAAACAACUGUCACGAUCAGCGAGCAAGAGGUUCCUUAUGAGCAUACACUGCCUUUCGAAGAGGACCUCAAGCCUCUGCAAGCUGUUGUGGACGAUUAUCCUGAGCCGAUGGAGGCCACUGUGAAAACAAAAUCCACAAAAGUAAUCAAGAAAAAAGUCAAGAAGCUACAACCUGCAGAGCCUUCUGUUGAAGAACUUCCUCUAGAAGAAGUUUCAGAUCUCAUCCUGGAACAAACUGUCACAGAACAACCAGUUAUCGAAGUGCUUCCGGAACAUGUUGAGGUAUUGGAAUCCAUCACUCAAGAAGGAAAACCUAAGAAACAUGUCACCAAAACCAAGGUCAUCAAGAAGAAAACGGGACGCAAGGUGGAAGAAGUCACAGUUGUAACCGUUCAAGAGGACGAUCAGCUUCCAGAAACGACGGUUACCAUGACCGAAGAACAAAUUGUUCCGGAAACUGCUGUGACUGAUACCAUUCACGAGAUCGAGCUCCUCAAACCUAAGAAGAAGAAAGUCAAAACCAUCAAGAAGAAAGGAACCGAUACUAGCGAAAUUAUUCAGAAGCUCCUCAACAUGGAACUCUCAAACACUGAACUACAACCGUUUGAACAUGUGGAUGCGGAUGUGCCUAUCCUUCAAAUUUCACCACAAUCUGCCGUUGAAGCUCUCGAAAUUGAAGAGCUGCCUGAAGAGGUCAAAGUAACGCAAAUCGUUACAAAAACUGGUGCAUCCAAGAAACAGAUCACCAAAAAGAAAACUAUCAAGAAACGAGUCGGACAAAAAGAGGAACACAUCGAAGUAGUCACUGUUCAGCAAGACGAUUCGACUCCUGAAACAACUAUCACUGUUAUCGAAGAAGAUGCUCCCACUUCUAUGCCUACUGACGAUGCUCCCAAGCCUAAGAAAAAGAAGAUCAAAACUAUCAAGACUAGUGAUGACUCGGACGAUAUCAUUGAGCGACUUCUCAAUCUAGAGGUUCACAAAACUGUUCUGGAAGAGUACGAGAAAACAGACCUGGAUUUACCAAAGCGCAUGCGUCCCACAGAGGAAACAACCAUUGAAGAGCAUCCGGAUGUGGUUGAAGAAGUCAAGUCAGAAACUGGCGAAGUCAAAAGAAAGGUUGUUAAGAAAAAGAUCAUCAAAAAGCGCGUUGGACCCAAAGAAGAAAUCACCGAAGAAGUCACCGUGCAAGAAGAUGACAAGCAACCAGAAACAACUGUCACGAUCAGCGAGCAAGAGGUUCCUUAUGAGCAUACACUGCCUUUCGAAGAGGACCUCAAGCCUCUGCAAGCUGUUGUGGACGAUUAUCCUGAGCCGAUGGAGGCCACUGUGAAAACAAAAUCCACAAAAGUUAUCAAGAAAAAGGUCAAGAAGCUUCAACCAGCAGAGCCUUCUGUUGAAGAUCUUCCUCUAGAAGAAGUUUCAGAUCUCAUCCUGGAACAAACUGUCACAGAACAACCAGUUAUCGAAGUGCUUCCGGAACAUGUUGAGGUAUUGGAAUCCAUCACUCAAGAAGGAAAACCUAAGAAACAUGUCACCAAAACAAAGGUCAUCAAGAAGAAAACGGGACGCAAGGUGGAAGAAGUCACAGUUGUAACCGUUCAAGAGGACGAUCAGCUUCCAGAAACGACGGUUACCAUGACCGAAGAACAAAUCGUUCCGGAAACUGCUGUGACUGAUACCAUUCACGAGGUCGAGCUCCUCAAACCUAAGAAGAAGAAAGUCAAAACCAUCAAGAAGAAAGGAACCGAUACUAGCGAAAUUAUUCAGAAGCUCCUCAACAUGGAACUCUCAAACACUGAACUACAACCGUUUGAACAUGUGGAUGCGGAUGUGCCUAUCCUUCAAAUUUCACCACAAUCUGCCGUUGAAGCUCUCGAAAUUGAAGAGCUGCCUGAAGAGGUCAAAGUAACGCAAAUCGUUACAAAAACUGGUGCAUCCAAGAAACAGAUCACCAAAAAGAAAACUAUCAAGAAACGAGUCGGACAAAAAGAAGAACACAUCGAAGUAGUCACUGUUCAGCAAGACGAUUCGACUCCUGAAACAACUAUCACUGUUAUCGAAGAAGAUGCUCCCACUUCUAUGCCUACUGACGAUGCUCCCAAGCCUAAGAAAAAGAAGAUCAAAACUAUCAAGACUAGUGAUGACUCGGACGAUAUCAUUGAGCGACUUCUCAAUCUAGAGGUUCAUAAAACUGUUCUGGAAGAGUACGAGAAAAUAAACCUGGAUUUACCAAAGCGCAUGUGUCCCACAGAGGAGACAACCAUUGAAGAGCAUCCGGAUGUGGUUGAAGAAGUCAAGUCAGAAACUGGCGAAGUCAAAAGAAAGGCUGUUAAGAAAAAGAUCAUCAAAAAGCGCGUUGGACCCAAAGAAGAAAUCACCGAAGAAGUCACCGUGCAAGAAGAUGACAAACAACCAGAAACAACUGUCACGAUCAGCGAGCACGAGGUUCCUUACGAGCUUACAGAGCCUUUCGAAGAGGACCUCAAGCCUCUGCAAGCUAUUGUGGUCGAUUAUCCUGAGCCGAUGGAGGCCACUGUGAAAACAAAAUCCACAAAAGUUAUCAAGAAAAAGGUCAAGAAGCUUCAACCUGCAGAGCCUUCUGUUGAAGAUCUUCCUCUAGAAGAAGUUUCAGAUCUCAUCCUGGAACAAACUGUCACAGAACAACCAGUUAUCGAAGUGCUUCCGGAACAUGUUGAGGUAUUAGAAUCCAUCACUCAAGAAGGAAAACCUAGGAAACAUGUCACCAAAACCAAGAUCAUCAAGAAGAAAACGGGACGCAAGGUGGAAGAAGUCACAGUUGUAACCGUUCAAGAGGACGAUCAGCUUCCAGAAACAACAGUCACCAUUACCGAAGAACAGAUCACUCCAGACACUGUUGAGGUUGAUUCGAUCAGUCCACUCAAGCUUGUUAAACCCAAGAAAAAGAAAGUUAAAAUAAUAAAAAGAACAGGCGAAAACGCAGAAGACAUUAUUCAGAAUCUAAUUGAUUCAGAUAUAUUGGAAACUGCAAGUGAACAGGGUGAUCAACCAUUGUCCGCUGAGGUUUUCGAUAUUUUGCCCGCUGCAAGUGACACUCCUCAAAAGUUAACACCAAAACAAAAAGGUGCACUCAAGACGAAAACACACACAACCACAUCAACUGACACACAAGAUACACUCCCACAGUCAUUUAUUGUUCCACAUUUAAUGGAUGCUGAAUUGCACGAACACACAUCCCCCGAAUACAUUACUACAUUUGAAACACGAACAGACAACAACCAGACAUUCAUCAAGUCCCGAAACAUAAAAAUAGUUAAGGAACAUGGGGCAGUGAUUGAAGAAUCAAUUGAUGAUAAUGAUGUUCAAACUAUCACUCCUAUCCUUCCAUCAGAGGUUCUUAUACAGGAAAUUGAAGAAACUGCACCAUCACUUAACAUCACACAACUCGAAGAAACACCCCAGAUCGUACAGGAAGUCGUCACAAAACAUAAACCCAAGAAGAAACAAACACAAACACAUGUAUAUGAACAGGUCGAAAAUCUUACGACUGAGACAGAUGAACAAUUUUACCCGGAACAAACAGAAUCUGCCAUUGCUACUCCUACAAUACUUUCCAAGCGAGUUAAAACUAAAAAGAUUAACGUGAAUGUUCUGCAAGGGGUCGAUAAAACUGUAGUUGUACAUGAGGAAAACGAAAGCCCACUAGAAACUCUUACGAUUCCAGCCUUUGAAGAGGCUGUUUCAGUCAUGGAGCUCCCUGAACAAAUCUCAGUUCAAGAAAUUAUAACAGCAUCAGGGGCAACAAAACAGAAAAUCACCAAAAAGAAAACUAUCAAGAAACGAGUCGGACAAAAAGAGGAACACAUCGAAGUAGUCACUGUUCAGCAAGACGAUUCGACUCCUGAAACAGCUAUCACUGUUAUCGAAGAAGAUGCUCCCAUUUCUAUGCCUACUGACGAUGCUCCCAAGCCUAAGAAAAAGAAGAUCAAAACUAUCAAGACUAGUGAUGACUCGGACGAUAUCAUUGAGCGACUUCUCAAUCUAGAGGUUCACAAAACUGUUCUGGAAGAGUACGAGAAAAUAGACCUGGAUUUACCAAAGCGCAUGCGUCCCACAGAGGAAACAACCAUUGAAGAGCAUCCGGAUGUGGUUGAAGAAGUCAAGUCAGAAACUGGCGAAGUCAAAAGAAAGGUUGUUAAGAAAAAGAUCAUCAAAAAGCGCAUUGGACCCAAAGAAGAAAUCACCGAAGAAGUCACCGUGCAAGAAGAUGACAAGCAACCAGAAACAACUGUCACGAUCAGCGAGCACGAGGUUCCUUACGAGCUUACAGAGCCUUUCGAAGAGGACCUCAAGCCUCUGCAAGCUAUUGUGGACGAUUAUCCUGAGCCGAUGGAGGCCACUGUGAAAACAAAAUCCACAAAAGUCAUCAAGAAAAAAGUCAAGAAGCUACAACCAGCAGAGCCUUCGGUCGAAGAUGAAGCAACUAUUUCUUUUGAUGAAAAACCGUCAAAACAUGUUAGCUUCGAGGAUACAGACAUCUUGGAACCAGUGCAACCGGUCAUCGAAGAAUUACCGGAAGAAAUAAAAGUCAACGAAGUGGUUACGUCUAAUGGUAACAUCAAGAAACAGACAACGAAAAAACGUACGGUGAAAAAGACAGUGGGGGACAAACAAGAGCUGGUGGAGGUAGUAACAGUCGAAGAAGAAGGGCAAACACCCGAAACUACUAUUACCAUUACAGAAUCAGAGAUUCAGUUAGAACAACCAGUUAUACCCGAACAGACUGAAAAUCCUUCAAUAGUCUUACCACACAAACCACAAAAAAUGAAAAAGAAAAAGAUCAAAACCAUGAAAACAACAGAUGAAGUUGAUGACAUCAUUGAAAGAUUACUCAAUUUGGAAGUAAAAAAGACCGAGCUUGAACGUUAUGAAAAAGUCGAUGUUGAGCUCAAAAAAAGACACAGAAUAUUGAUUGAGGAAUCGUUGCAUAUGCCCCAGGCAUCUGUAGCUAUCAUAGAAACGAUUGAAUCAUCACACCCUGAAACAGUGCGUAAAAUAUCUUCUGCACUUCCUGUAGAAGUUGAAGAACCUGCUAAAAAGGUUGUGAAAAAACCCAAACUACCAUCAACAACGUUAAUGCAAGCAGCAGAAGUUCAAGCACCAUCAGACUCUGAUUAUACGGAGGCAGUUCCUAUACAAGAUGAUGACUUGCAACUUGAGACAUCCAUAAAAAAACCGGUUCAAAAAGACAAGAAGUCAUUACGUAAGCUUAAGCCCUUACCCUUGAAAGAAUUGCCAACAACAGAUACCUCGGAUAGUAUGAGUAUUCCAGAAACAGUAGAGUUAAUUGGUGACGCAAUUUCAGAAACAGAAGUAGUGCAAGAAAUUUGCAUCAAUGAACCACUUUUACAAGAGGCAUCUAUAGAAGAGAGUGAUAAAUCCUUCCUUACGUACAAAGAAACAUCUAUUAAAUCGCAAGAACAACAAUUAACACAAAUAAUUGAAACACAAAGUGAACCAAAGAAACCUGAAAAGAAGGUAAAGAAAAAACCAAAGAAAGUUGAACGUUCAGAAGACGAUGAACAACUUCAACGAUUGUUGAAUCUCGAAGUUGAAAAAACACCAUUGGAGCAGUAUGAAAAAGUGGACAUUGAAGGCAAACCAAAGCCUGAAAAACCUAAAAUAGUAUUAGAACGUCUAAAAAUAGAACGCAAAGAACAAAAACCGCAGAAAAUGAAAGUCUCAGAGCCUGAGGAACAGCCACAAAUGAUACGGCUUAGAAAAAUUAAAGUUCCAGAGCGCAAAGAAAUAGACGAAGUUGUUAUACCAAAGGUGCUGCUCAAAAGCCGUCUAGUUUCCGUUGAAUACCCACCACAAGCUCUCCAGCCUGUUUUAACUCUACUAUCACCCGUCAAAUCAGUAGGCCAAAUGUCAAGAAUAGAAAAAGAAGAAGCAGAUGAAAAAAUGAAGAAAAUUAAAAAGAUCAAGACUGUAAAAACGAAAAAGAUGGAAUUAGAUGUACCAGAAUCCUUCGAUUAUGAUGAAGAGAAACCAGAAAAGGAGGAAUUCGACAAAGAAGCGCACAAAUAUCAGCGACAGCCGAAACAUGCCGCCGAAGACAUGCCGGAAGAAAGGAUUCUUAAGCUGGGUAAAGGUAAGCCGAAAAAUGAUAUCGAUAAUGAAGAAGUCGUCAAGUUAAAGAAAAUUCCUUCAAAGCCUCUCAGUGAGGAAAUGGAAGAUAAGAAACAAGUAAGAAAGCCAACACAAAAACCAACACAGAGUGAAACUGACGAUAAAAAACAACAUGUUGAAGGUCCUGAAUAUAAGCCAACUGAUAUUCCUGAUGUCGACGUAGAGAUAGAAAAACCCGUUCCAGAGGAAAAAGAAAAGAUUCAACCAGUAAAAGAUUCAAAAAAGAAACCUAAAUAUGAUAGAAAACCAAAACCAAUCGAUAAUAAGGAAGAUGACAUAAAACCUUUGGUCAUGGGCAAGGGAAAACCUUCACCUGAUUCUCCAGAAGAAGAAGUUAAGUUCAGAAUACCGUCUGGUAAAACAGAACCAGAUGAACCAACAGAUGUAAAACUGAAGCCAUUUAAGAAACCCUCACCUGAUGAAGAUACACCUAUCAAGGAAGCUGAUCAUACAAUGGCUUUACCAAUUGAUACAGAAAAGCAACAAGACGCAGAAAUUGCUGUACCAGCACCCAUUCAUGCCAAGAAAAUUGAUAAGAAAAUCAAACCUAAAAGAAAGCAAGACGAAGAAAAUCUUUCUCCGGAAUCUGCGAUGGAGGAUAUACCAAUACCAGUAGCCGAUGUCGAUAGCAUCGUCCAAGAAACCGUUCAUGCCGUAGUGCCGAUAACUAUAGCUGAAGACAUCUUUGAUAAGCCAGUGGAGUUAUUAGUAGCACCUCAGCCACAACAAGAUUUUGUAAUAGAACAUUUACCAGAAGAGAUUGAAAUCGUUCAAGUGCCCAAUGAUACCGGUGCAAUCGAACAGCAGUCCAUUAAAAAGCGCAUAAUCAAAAAGAAAAAGGAUGAUAAGGAGGAAGUUAUUGAGAUUGUUACGAUACAGAAAGGAGAUGAGAUUCCCUUGACAACAGUUACAGUUACUCAAACGACCCCCGAAGACGUCACCGUUGCGCCGGAAAGUGCAAAGCGCAAAGUUCGCGUAAAGAAAACAGUGAAACCAGAUGCGCUGGAGGCAGAUAUCAAUCGGCUUCUCAAUCAGGAGAUUUCUAAAACAGAGCUUGAAGUAUACGAAAAAACACCAUAUGAACCAUCCAAGCAUCCCAAAGAUCAACCUGUCGAAGAUGCAACGGUUGUCAAACCCGUGUCUAUGCCUGACGAACCGUCCAAAAUCAAGAAGACCACCGUUAAAGCUAAAACAAAAACCCUGAAACAACAUCAAGUCACUCCUAUACAAGAAAUACCUACAGAAUCAUUAAAACCACUCGAACCAGCCACCGGACACGAAGAUAUUCAACAGACACUCGAUAUCAUACACACUGAAGAAAAGUUAUCAGUCAGUGCAGCAACCGUGGACUUACAGGAAGAUACUUUCGAAACGAAUGAGUUCGUUGAAACCAGCCCCUUGGAGGAUACUGUGCAGCCGGUUGACAUACCAGACAAGGCACUUGAGAUCCCCGAAAUUACUCAGCAGCCCCAGGUCACUGCAGCUCCCAUCGAACAAGUCUUAGAUGAAAAGGAGGAGGAAACAACUGCAGCACCAACAGAACUCCCCGAGGAGGCACAGGCCGCAACGAGCGAAAUUCCAUCCGAUGUCACAGAAACACCAAUCGUGAGUAAACCUGUUCUUGAAGCAGCUCCCGUGGAAGAAUUGCUCGAGCAGCAAGAGGAAGAAACCGACAAAGUUCCUUCGCUGGCAUUCGACGCGGUUCAAGUAUCACCAACCGACGUGUCGGAGUUUGCCACGGAGAAACCUACGGUUCAGGGUAAACCGCUACUCGAAGCUGCUCCCGUUGAUGAUCAGUUUGAUGUGUCAAUCGAGGAAGCCGAUACUGUUGCCUCGUUGACACUUAAUGAGGAACAUCUAACACCUGUCGAGGUAUCAUUAGGAGCUACAGAAGUUUCCGCUGUACAGCUUAAGCCGACGAUUGCAGCGGCUCCAUCCGAGUCCGUUUUGGAGCAGCCGGUGGAAGAAACUUCCGCCGUCGAAGCGCCCAAAAUGGAUGUCGAGAAGCUGGAACCGAUCGACGAAAAGCAACCUGAGCCAACGGAGAAGGCCGUACUGCUGCCAGCGAUGACCGUUGAAACUGCGCCCAAGGAAGCUCCCAAGAAGGUCGUCAAAAAGAUGACUAAAAAAUCCAAAAAGUCCAUCGAGGAUGACGAGGAGCUACAGCGGUUGCUAAAUCUGGAGGUCGAGAAAACGCAACUGGAGCAGUACGAAAAGAUUGACGUGGACGGAAAACCGAAGGUUAAGCCGGAAAAGGGUGAGAUUGUUAAGUUAGAGCCUAUUAAAAUCGAACGUAAGGAACAGAAACCGAUUAAACCAGAAAUCACUGACACACAAGAACCACAAACAGUUAAACUCCGUAAAACUGUCAUACCGGAGAAGCGGGAAGUCGAAGAGAUCACCGUUCCAAAGGUACUGCUCAAGAGCCGCAUCGAGUACGUGGAGCUCUCUGCUCAAGGGCAGCAGCCUCAGAUUGUCGAGUUGGAUACCCGACCGGGCGUGGGCGUGCUAUCCCGCGUGGAAGAAGAAGAAGUGGAGCGCACGAAAAAGGUUAUCAAAAAGGUAAAGGUCAUUAAAAAAGAAAAACCUGAGCUUGAAACUCUAGACAUUGAAAAGUACGAGAAGGAACCCAAAGAGGAUGAAAAGAAGGAAGAAGAGAAACCUCAAUACCAGCGACAGGUAAAAGAAAUACCAAAGGACGAGCCGGAAGAACGGACUCUACAAAUGGGUAAGGGUAAACUUAAAAAAGACGAAGAGCAGCAAGAAGAGGUCAAACUCAAGAAAACACCAACUAAACCAAAAGAGGAGGUCGUAGAGGAAGAAAAAAUCAAGAAAAAACCUCAAGAAAAGCCAAAGGAGGAAGAUCUGGAUACUGAAAAACGGCACGUAGAAAAGCCAAAAUUCAAACCGACUAACAUUCCGGACUUCGAAACAGAGCUGGAACCAUACGAAAAGCCCGCACCGAAACCGGUAGAAAAACCUGAGCCAGAACCAGAGAAACCAAAGGUGGAAAAGACACCUACCGCUCCGCAACCUGUAGAAGAGCCGGAACACAAAAUAAUACUUGGAAAAGGUAAAAAGCCAGAACCGGAACCAGAAGAAGAAUUCAAGUUCCGCAAACCGACACCGACGAAACCGGAAGAUGAAAAAGAAGAGAUAAAGCUGAAACCUUUCACAAAACCAACGCCGGUAACGGAGCCGAAGGAACGUGAAGGUGAUCGUGAUAUGGCACUACCUACUCCCAAGGAUGUUCCAGACGAACCAGAGGUUGAAUCAGGAAAGAAAAAGAUAAUCAAAAAAGUUGUCAAAAAGCCCAAAUCACCAGCAGUCGAGGAGCCAACUUCCGAGCCCUCUCUGCCAGAGGAAGAGACUUCUGUUCCGGUUGAGGUGCCUGCCCCAGUACGUGAGGAAGUGCAACCGGAACCUGAAAAGAAAAUCGAGCAGCCUAAGAAAGUGGAACUUAAGCAACCGACGGAAGUAGCACUUCCACAGCCAGAUUUGCAGCAAACGGAGGAGCUCGCUCCCCCGCAAGUGCCAGAAGAAAAGCACGUCGACUCUGUACAAGAGCCUACUCCCGAAGUGUCGGUUGCAAUGCCACCUGAUGCACAUGAGGAGAAAGAGAAGGUUGUCAAAAAGAAGGUGAUCAAAAAACCAAAGAAAAAACCGGAAGAAGAUGCCGAGCUAGAGCGUUUGUUGAAUUUGGAAAUCGAAAAGACGGAACUCGAAACGUACGAAAAAGUUGAUCUUGAACCGAAGCAAAAAGAAAAACCAGAGGACACGCCAAAGCCGGCUGAAGUACCUGCUAAGAUACAAGAGCCUAUCGUUGAAAAGCCCUCCGUAAAGGAGCCAACCAUUUCAAAGGCACAUGUGGUAGAGGAACAGCUGCCAGCAGAGGAAGCGACCACUAUGGCACCGGCUGACAUACCGAAACCGACAGAACUGACGCCAGAAACAAUACCGGAAGUAGUUCAAAGCGCGGUAAAAGAGCUACCAGUGGUGGUUCAAAAGGACGAACCAAAGCCAGUGCCGGUUGAAGAAAAAGUUGAGGUGCCCACGGAACCACAAGAAACGAAAACGGUGGUCAAGAAGAAGGUCGUGAAAAAACCCAAGAAGCCUUCCACGGAUGAUGACGAACAGCUACAGAGGCUCCUUAAUCUGGAGAUCGAAAAAACCGAACUCGAGAAGUACGAAAAGAUCGAUGUAGAUAUCAAGAAACCAGAAAAGGUGGUCGAAUCAGUUGAAGCUAUUCUUGCACCGCAAGUCGCUGAAAUCGAAGAGCCUGCACCAGUUCAAGUUACGCUCAAACCCAAGAAAGUUGUUUCAAAACCGGCAGAAGAACAACCAGUUGAGGCUGAAUUUAAGAUAACUAAAAAGCCACGCCUGCCAGAAGCUCCGCAAGAGGUUGAGGAGGUAAUUACGCUGAAGCCAACUCCACAGAAGACGGAAGAAACGGUAAGCGUAGAGCGCAUCAUUAAAAUUGAAGUAGAAGCAGAAGAGCCAGUCGAGCAGCCUGUCAUUGAAGAAGUUGAGGAGGAUGAACCAAAACAAGAUCUUGAACAAGAACCUCAAACGGUGGAACCUGUGGUUGAAGAACCAGUGGACAUCGUCGAGCUAGUAGAAGAAACAGUACCCAUCCAGCCAUUGGUGGAAGAAGUCCACGACGUGCAACCGAUCAUAGAAGAUGCCGUCAUAGAAGCCCCCUCAGAGGAGCUUGUGAGUGUGGUUGAAUCUGUACCAAUCCAACCUAUCGUUGAAGAGGUGGUACCAAAAACACCCUUGAGAAAAGUUUCACUCAAACCGACUGAGCCUGUGCAGGAAGUGGUCGAGAAAAAACCAGCCGAAAAGCCAAAGAAAAAGGUGGUUGUGAAAAAGAAGAAGGCUAGCAUCGAUGACGAUGCCGAACUGCAGCGGUUACUGAACUUGGAAAUUGAGAAAACCGAGCUGGAGCAGUACGAACGGAUCGAUGUGGAUUUGCUUAAGCGCGAAAAGGUUAAGAUUGAACAACAACCGCAACCUCAACAGGCGGUCGAGUCGACGGUCGAGCCUGAGGAGAGCGCUCAGGUAAAGUUGCCACGCAAAAAGAGCAAGCCUAAGGUGGAACCUAUUGAAGAAACUGAGGUGGAGUUCAAGCUUAAGCCAAAGAAAUCAACGCAAGAAGAAGAAACGGUACAAGAAACGACCGUGUCGUUGAAAAAACCGAAAAAACCCACGGUUGUCGAGGAGACAGCCACCGAAGAGGUGGUUUUAUUGAAACCAGCCGUUCUAAAGCCUGAAGCCGUUGAGGAUGUCGAGGAAUCGAUUAAGCUUAAGCCGAAACCGGCACCGUACACUACCGAUGAAGCUGAAGCGUCGCUCAAGAUCGUACGGGAAGCGGAACAACCAGCAGCACCCGAGUCAGCUCCUGCACCGGCACCAGUGGUGGUAGAGGAGAAGAAGCCUGAGAAACUGAAAAAGAAGACCGUCCCGAAGAAAAAGAAGGAUGACGACAUUGACGAGAUCACGCGAAAGCUGCUCGAGAUGGAUGUACCCAAAACGGAGCUGGAGAAGUACGAGAAGAUAGACCUGGACAUUGUCAAACCGGUGAAGGAAACCGUGGACGAGGUGACGAUGGUGAAGCGCAAACCUAAGGUAAAGCCUUCGGUAGAAGAAGAAGAAGAAACGGAAGCGAAGUUGUCCUUGCCAAAGAAGAAACCCUCGGUUACAGAACCGGAAGAGGCCGAAACGACAUUCAAAAUCGCGAGAAAACCCUCGGAACCGCAGCAACCGGAAGACGUGGAAGCGUCGAUGACCAUCACCAGGGAGCAGGAAGUUCCUGCAGAAGAGGAGAUAACCGAACACGUCGUUGUGCGUAAGCAGCGCCCACGCCCGAAGCCGGCAUUCCGUCGCGAGGUGCUUGAUGAGGAAGAGGUGCGCAUUAAGAAGAUCAAAAAGGUGCGCCAACCGCGCCCAGUGUUCAAGGACAUCGAGCCGGAAAAUGUCACCUUCCGGCCGAAGCGCACCAAGCACAUCGAGGACAUUGAGCAGGAGUUCAAAAUACAGCUCGACUCGUACGCGCGCGAAGAGAUCUCGAUGUCGGGCCGCGUAAAGCUGCCGACACCGUACAGCUACGGCGAGGAAACCGGCGAGGCUCACAUAACGAUCAUCAAGCAGGUCGAUGAAGAUGACGAGGUCGUGUAUGAGGUCAUCUACGACGACAGUGAGCAGGACGUGGAGGAUGAGUACCGGUACGAGGACGAGGACACUGAGAACGUGGUGAUCGAGCUGCGGCGGCGCCGCGAGAAGCUCGAAAAUCUGAUCGUACACCACGAGGAGGAAAUUUCGCUCGACUUGACGCAACGCAACAGAUCACAGUUCACCACCACCACACACGAAGAAGAAUCAUUCACACUGAAACAGCCCAAGAAAGUCCUACCGACCUACUCUGAAGAAACCGCUUCUCUGAAGAUCGUCCGUGAAGAGGAUGCAAAUGAUAUGUACUGUAUUCAGGCGGUGGAAGCCGAAAACGAAGAAGCACUACACAUCGUCGAAGGCGAGAAAGUCUAUGUGAUCGAACACAGCAACUCCGAAUGGUGGUACGUGAAACGAUCCUGGUCCGACGAGCGCGGAUUCGUCCGUCGGGAGUAUCUGAUGGACGCCGUCACCUACCCGCAGUACGUUCAGAAGACCCUCAAUGAGAAAAUCGACAAACUGCCGGUGUUCGAGAAACCGGCCGCCAGUGAGAAACCACUCGCACCGAAGAUCAUCGAAAAGCUGCAGCCGAUCACCACGCAGGACGGCUACACGGUGCAGUUCGAGUGUAAGGUGGAAGGUUUCCCACGUCCUUCAAUCGCCUGGUUCAGGCAAACGGCCGUCAUCAAACCAUCGCAGGACUUCCAAAUGUACUACGACGACGAUAACGUCGCGACGCUGAUCAUCCGCGAGGUGUUCCCGGAGGAUGCCGGCACGUUCACGUGUGUUGCGAAGAACAUCGCUGGUUUCGCCUCGAGUGCGACCGAACUCGUCGUCGAUUCGUUCAGCUCAGACCACGGCUCAGACGUGGCAACACUGUCGCGAAAGAGCAUGUCACGCGAGUCCUCGCUAGCAGACAUCCUCGAAGGCAUUCCGCCCACGUUCUCGCGCAAACCUAAAGCGCAGUAUGUCGACGCCGGUUCGGAUGUGCUGCUCGAGUGCCGCCUUGUGGCGGUACCGGAGCCUGACAUUCUAUGGUACUACAACGGUGUUGAGAUCGCUAGCAAGGACAACGUGCAGGUCGUGGUUGAAUCGGACAUGCACAUGUACUGCACGGUGGUGCACAUCAAGGGCAUCGACAAGCUGCAGGAAGGCUCGUACCAGGUGGUGGCCCGCAAUCGCGAAGGCGAAUCGUCUCUCGACAUUCUGGUGAAGGUGAAAACAGGCGUACAGGAGCCACCGCAAAUCCUGGAACCGCUCAAGAGCAUGACGAUUCGGCAGGGCGAAACGGUCGUGCUUUCGACGCAGAUUGUUGGUAAUCCGGCGCCAGAAGUGCAGUGGUUCAAGAAUGGCGUGUCACUGGACGUUCCUACGCAAGCAGACCGCAAUAUCUACACGGUUACGCUGGUGGCACCAACCCACGAUAACGCCGGCGAGUACACGGUGCGCGCUAAGAACCCUGCUGGCAGCGUGGAAACGAGCGCGUUCCUGACGGUGGACGAAUCGAACGUCGGCAAUCCCCAGGCACCACUCUUCCUGGAGCGCUUUGAAGAACAGAGUGUUCCUCAGGGAGGCACCAUCAAGCUACCGGCAAAGGUGACUGGCAAUCCGGUCCCAGAGAUCCUGUGGCUGCGCAACAACAACACCCUGUUGCCCUCGAAACGUGUCAAGCAGGCGUACGAUGGCGAGAACAUCGAGUUGCUGAUCAACAACGCCGAUUCGGAGCAGGAUUCGGGCAACUACAAGUGCAUCGCAUCGAACACGAUCGGUAAGGCGUCGCACGGGGCACGGGUAGUGGUAGAGGUGGAUAAAGUCACCUUCACGCGUAAGCUCAAGAAAACGAUCACGGUUGAGGAAAGCCGCGCAGUCACAUUGGAGUGUGAAACUUCGCACACCGUGUCGACAAAGUGGUAUCACAACGGCAAGGAACUGAGCGGAAUGGAUCACCGCAUGAUCGUGCAGGAUGGCAAGGUGCACAAGCUGAACAUCAAAAACCCAACCAUCAAUGACACCGGACUAUACAGGUGCACGGUUAAGGAUCAACAAACCGAAUGCACGCUCACGGUGAUUGAGGCAAAACCGGAGUUCCUCCGCAAACUUGAGGAUGUCGAAACGAAGGAGAAAGAACACGCCGUCCUCGAGGUGGAGAUCACCUCAGAAACGGCUGACGUCACAUGGUAUAAGGAAGGCCGCAAGCUGGUCGAAACCACCGGCAAGUACGAGUUCACCAAAAAGGGCAAAUCACGCGUGCUAUUUGUACGCAAUACGUCCGUGCACGAUGAAGGCGAGUACACUUGUGCCCUGGCUGAUCAGGAGUGUUCUGCUGAGGUGUCAGUUAUCGAGCUGCCACCUGAGAUCAUCAGCGCACCGCGUGACGUCACGGUAGCUCGAGGCGAGGAUGCGACCUUCGAGCUAGAGCUUACAAAGGGUGACGCACUGGUGCGCUGGUACCGCAAUGAAGAGGAACUAUCGUUCAAUGGACAUGUUCAGCUAACAAUUGAUGGUAAGCGACAGACGCUGAAGAUCAAUAAGACGGUCGAUGCGGAUGCCGGCGAGUACACGUGUUUGGUUGGUGAGCAGCGUGCUAAGGCACGACUAACGGUCGAGAAACCGGUGGUCGACUUCGUGCGCCGCCUACCGGAGGUGACACUAACUACGCGGGAUAACGAUGCCGUGUUCAUGGUGGAACUGUCCGAGCCCGCUGAUGUGGUGUGGUACCGUAACAGCAAACCUAUUACCGCGUCGAACAAGUAUGAGCUGGUUGUGGAUAAGUGCGUGCGCAAGCUGAUCGUGAAGAAUGCCGCUGAAGAUGACGAGGAUGAGUACACGUGCACGGUGUCGAACGCGAAAACGGCCUCGAAGCUGAAGGUCGAGAUCAUCAAGGUCGCGCCGACCAUCUUCGAGGAAGGUCCGCGUGUGUUCACCAUCCGCAAGGACGAAGACGUGACGUUCAAUGUGAAGUUUAACGCCACACCGAAACCUGAAGCGGAGUGGCGCGUUAAUAAGCGCGUCAUCAUUCCUUCAGCGAAGUUCGUCUCGACGGUGACCGAGGAAACGGCCAGUCUUACGAUCAGACGUGCUGCUGAGGUUGACGCCGGGGAGUUCACACUCAAGCUGACGAACGAAUGUGGUGAUGCCAGCACAUCCUUCACGCUGGUCAUCAAGAAACAACCUAGCGCGCCGGAAGCUCCAGAGGCUACGCUCAUCACCGAUGACUCUAUCACGCUGUUCUGGAAGGCACCAGCUGAUGAUGGCAACAGUCCCAUCACGGAGUACGUACUUGAGUACCAGGAGAAGAACCAAAAAACAUGGACCGAAAUCACGAGCAUCACUGAGACGACUACCACCGUGACCAAGUUGACGAAGAACGCCGAGUAUACGUUCCGUGCGACGGCCGUUAACGAAGUAGGCAAGGGUCCAGCAUCACCAAACUCGCCCUACUACAAGAUCAUGGCCCCGAUCAAAAAGGAAGCUCCAACUGUAAGCGAACACCUGCGCGACGUACACGUCGGCCUCGGUCAGUCCGUCACGCUGAACUGCAUCGUAACGGGCGUCCCAGUGCCAGACGUGGCCUGGUUCCGAAAUGGUCAACCACUUAAACAGGACGUCGUCUCGUACGAGAACGGUUCCGCCAAGUAUCAGAUCAAGUCAACCACUGAAGAAAGCGGUGCUUCAUACACCUGCCGAGCGACAAACGAACUGGGCAGCGUCGAGAGCAGUUGCAACGUGAUUAUCGAAGAGAAACCAACCCUAACGGUGGACAAGAAGCUCAUCGUGCAGAAGCUGCGCGUUGGCGAUGAAUGGAAAGUGGUGGCGGAAUUUACCGGAUUCCCAACACCCGAGUUGGUGUGGUAUCGUGAGGAUCAAACGAUCACCUCCUCGGUUGAACACACGAUCGUUACCGUGGGUCAGUCGUCGACGAUCGUCAUCUCGGCACUGGAUCGCGUCCACUCGGGCAAGUACACCGUGGAGGCACGCAACUCUGCAGGUUCAGCCACGGUUGAGCUCAAGUUGAAGGUGAUCGACAAACCGAGCAAACCGGAAGGUCCGAUCAUCGUGCGUGAGCUCAGCCCUGAGGCGGUAGUGAUCGAGUGGAAACCACCGUCCGAUGAUGGUGGUCUCGAGAUUUCGCAGUUCACCAUCGAGAAGUGUGAUGACGCGAACAAAAACGCGUGGAUUAAGGUGGCGGACGUGCAGCGUAAUAUCAAGUCGUACUGUAUCCAGAAGCUGCUCGACAGCACGCAGUAUCACUUCCGUGUGAUCGCACAGAACCCUGUUGGGUGUUCGGAACCGCUCGAGAGUGCGACGGUUAAGAUUCAGCAGACGUUGGAACCACCAUCGCCUCCGAGAGGUCCUAUUGAGACGUCGGGUAUGACGAGCAGUUCGUUCACGCUGACGUGGCAACCGUCGGAGUCGAAUGGUGGCAGCAAGAUCACGGAGUACGUCGUGGAGGUUAAGGAGGCGAAGAAAAAGGUUUGGAAGGUGGCUGGUACGACGAGUGGCUCGGAGACGUCGCUGCUCAUCGAAAGUCUGUCGAUGAACAAGGCGUAUGACUUUAAGAUCACCGCCAAGAACAAGGUCGGUGCGAGUGAACCACUGCAAACUGAGGAGUCGAUCGUGGCCGGAAAGGAAAUAACACCACCUUCUGCACCGCGGAAUCUCCGCAUCACAAACGUGACCAGCAAGAGCAUCAAGCUCGAAUGGAAGCAACCGGAAACGAAUGGCGGUUCCGACGUCACGGGAUACGUCAUCGAGAAGCGCCUGACGACGGCGCAGCAGUGGACCAAGAUCAAGACGCUCGAAUCCAACUGCCUGUCGUACUGCGUGGACAACCUAAAGGAGAAGUCUGAGCUGGUGUUUAGGAUAUUCGCCGAGAACGUGGUUGGGCUCAGCUCACCGACGGUGUCGGAGAGUGUUGCGCUCAAAUCUCAUGCCACUGUACCGUCCCCGCCGACAGGUCCACUAGAGGUACGCUACCUAGGACCUAACAUCAAUAUCGUCGAGUGGGGCAUUCCAGAGUCGGACGGUGGCGCUCCGAUCGAGGGCUAUCACAUCGCCAUCCGCAACGCGAAGAAAACGAUGUGGAUGGAGGUGGGUCGGGUCGCGGCCGAUUGCCAAUCGUUCAACAUCAAGGACCUGCAGGAGCGCGAGGACUACCUCAUCCGUAUCAUGGCCCGGAACGAGGUCGGUUUGAGCGACCCACUUGAGUCGGACGAACCGUACACUGUACAGCUUGGUGCCGCUCCGGACGACGUGCAUGACGAAACCACGCGGGACUUCUCAGAGCCCACCGGCACGAACACCUCGUCCUGGUUGCGCGAGCACAACAUGACAGCCGACAUCAACAGCUACGCGCGUCAUAAGCUGCUGCGGCGAAGCGAGUACUUCUUCAAACUGUGGCUCAACGCCAAGAACCUCUUCAAGUGAAGCGCUUAAACUGCGCUUCUAAACCGCCGCACAGCCUACAGCACAGACUGGGCGGCAAUGUACAAUGCUAAUGUAAUCGAGAGUGAAAUCCUACAACCUUUUUCGUUCGGAGUUCGAAUGCACGUUCCAUGCUUCCAGCAAACCCAGAGCCGAUGGAACGUUCUAGUCAAGCGCUAUGUAUAUGUAAAUGUUGUUCAAAUGCAGAUGUCUAUAUACGAACGUCAUCCCAUUUCCUGACACCUUUCCUCCGACACAUCCUCAUUCCUUAACCCUUUGCGUUAUCAGGAUGGCAACCGAAUAACUUAGGACGACUCGCUGAGCAAGGAAACCGAUGAAGGCAAGAUAAUUCUGGGCAUCUUCAUGGAACUGUGAUAGAAAAGCAGCAGCAGUAGCAGUGGAGAGCUAAUAGACAGCGAGGAAGCUAGAAAUCAUACGAAACACAGUUUCACUUUCCCCCUCAUUUGAAGCUGCUGUUGAGAGAGUCGUGAAAAUCAAUCAUAUAUGUACAUUAUUAGUGGAGAAAAAAGAAGAACCUAUAGCUCGAAUAAACCGCCGGCACCAUCCGGCAACGACACGUAGCACCACGACAGGGCUUCCGCAGGGUCUAUCUGCAGCCCAGCUACGUUAGAACCGCUUCUAUGCACUUGGAUGCAGUCCAGCAGAGCGCUGUGUAAUGGCGAAAAGCUCUCCAUUGGAGAGGUUCGGUCCCUAACCCCAACAUAAGACCAGCGGAAAAAAAAGCCGCGUCCGAAGGGGGAAAACAUUGGUGCGAAUGUUUUCCUUCAUCGGGCAGGUUAGGAAGAAGGUACGAAGGACAUCACGGGGACACUCUCCAUUGGAGCGCCUCACAGAUGCGGCUGUUGGACCAAUUGGACGUUAUGAUUGAAAAAAGAGAGCGAGCGAAACAUUUUCUUUUUCUAUCAAUUUUCAAGAUCUUUGCCAAGCGAACUCCACAGGAGAGAGAGAUUUUGUUGUUUUAUUUUUAUAUAAACGAUACCGUUUUCUUAUACCGUCAUGUUUAUAUUUCGAGACAAAGCGCAUGACCAAAAAAUUUGCUAAAAAAAGCAACAUAAGCAUGUUUAAACGAUUUUAUUACACUGUGUGUUGAAUCAAAUAAAUUUCUAAAAACUAUUAUCA